AUGAAUGGCGGGAAGCCCUGUGUUGGUAAUGAUACAGAGACGGCCAAGUCAUGCUUGACGCCUUGUCCAGGUGGAUAUAGUAAAAAAAUACAUUAGGGUGCUUAAGCAAUGAUAACAGCGACGGCAGAGAGAUUAAACUGGAUUCGAUUUGUUUCAAACUUCAUUGCGAGCAUUGCGACAACCAUCUGCAAGAAGGUUGAGACACUCCGACGAAAAAACGACCUUUCUUGCUUCAAAUUGCUCCUGGUUACAGGUCUGUGAGAUAAAAUACUGACCUCCCUCCUCCCUCCCAUUCAAAGUGGUUCCUCCAAGUUUUGAGUAUGGUCUUGUAUUGCUAGCAACUUUGAUAAGGGAGGAGGAUCACAACCACAAGAUCAUGGACAGGGCAUUUAUGCCAAAAUACGGUACACUGUCUCAAGUACUUUUGCAACUGGUUGUAGAACAUAUAAAUCUGUCAAGUACAGUGAAACCGCGCCUUACGGCCUGGCAAAAACCGCCAUACAUUUUGUUUUAAAAAAUAACCCCUCGUUAAUACGGCCACCCCAUUGAUACGACCAAAUGUUUUUGGGCUAUUGGUGACUGUAUUAACGGGGUUCCACUCUAUCGGCAAAUUUUCCGGUGUUGAGUUUCCAUCGGCCACGCUCAAGUUCAGAAUAAGAAAGAAAAAUUCGUUGUAUUGCCCGAGAAAGUUGUACGUUAUGGCCGUCCUGCAGUGUGUCCAACGGCAAAGAAAAGUCCUAAAUUAAGUCCAACUGCAGGGUUGUUUUCUUUUUGCCCUUGCUCUUUUUGAUCUCCUCUGUGCGGUCGCUGCCUUGGGUUGUUAAAGAUACCUUCAUCAAUCGAUUGAUAGAUCAACCAAUCAAUUUGUCUGUCAAUCAAUCAGCUAAUUACUUCAUCGUUAUGUGAAUAACAGUGUUUAGCACUAGUUGGUUUCAUCAAACUAUAUAUCAAAGCGAAUAAAAGGGAAUUACCCCAAUCAACGGAUUUGACCGAAUUGCUAGCGGUGUUGCUUGUAGAAGUAGUUCCUGCCUCAAUGAGAACCUUCCAUAGGAGGAUUUGGUCCAAUUUACACAUGGAGCACCCAAGAGAAGUCCUAUAUACAGUAAAAAUCCGCGAGUAAGAACCUAGUAGUUUGAGAACCUGCUGGCAGAAAUUUGCUAUUUUAAUACUCAAAAUGUAAGACCUGUAAAAUCCCAUGCAAGCAAGAUCAAGCAGACUCUUAUAUGUGGGUCACAGUUUAGACGAUGAUAAACACCAUAUGUGGGUUGAGUUUGUUGUUGGUUCUCUCCCUUGCUGCGAGAGGUUUUUCUCCGGGUACUCCUGUUUCCCCCUCUUCUUAAAAACCAACACUUUCAAAUUCCAAUUCGAUCUGGAACGCACGAAAACGUAUCAACGAGUUCUUAUGAACUCCUAAGUGCUCCGUGGGUAAACAAAUUACUAAUUACAAUUACAAUAUUUUAACCAAGUGUGAUUUUGAGAUUUUUUAAUAGAAGAAAAUACUUUAUUAAUCCAUUUGCUUUUUAUCAUACAACUUAUGCUAUGGAGAUAAUGCUAGAUAUAUUACAUACAUUCUGUAAUAGCUUAUCGUGAUAUUUAAGAACCAAACCCAAUUUUUUCUGGUAGUCAACGACAAUUAGCUCCUUCGUCGAAAUAAGAAACAUCUUUAAGAACCCACCUAACCUAAAUUGCGAUUAACUACCUCAAAAUACAUGAAACAUUUUUGACAGAAUUAAGAAAUUGUUGUUACACGCGGGCUUUUACUGCAUUCACAAUUUCGAAUGCAAUUGUUGUUCUUAGUUGAUGGUGGUUUCAACCUGUGGUCUGCAUGGACAACAUGUAGUCAGACUUGUGGGACUGGUACCCACACAAGGAACAGAACCUGCGACAACCCAGUGCCAAACUACCAUGGCAAAAACUGCACUGGAGACUUCAGUGAGGUAGCAAGCUGUAAAAUAACUUCUUGUCCUGGUGAGUAGACCUGAUAAACUGACAAUUCCUUUAUAUAUUCCUUAAAUUCCGACGAACUGUAGAGUUAUCCCGAUGAGUAUAACUAUGGCAAUAACCUCCUUACCGGUCUUUGACUUUUGAAUUAAUCAUUCAAGAAUCGCACGGUCUAGUUUAUGCAGUGGGCUGUAUUGUUUCGUAAUUUUGUAAAUCUUGGUAUCCAAAAAAAUUCAAGCAGAUUUUUGGGUGUUGCUCACAGGCAAAAUAUGCCAGUUUCAAUUUGAUCAAAACGGUAACGCAGUGACUUCAACCAAUGGUGACUGCCUUCCCUUUACAAGAUCUUUUGCAUCGCUGGUUAAUGCACCUGACCUCCUAUAUGAGCACGAAGCUGAAUGUCCUCAAGGAAAAUGUAUAGUGUACGAGUAGCGUUCACAGAAGAGUUGAAUGUAUGAUCAUGAAAUGUACUCAGUGCUACGCCACAUGUCUCAAUUCUGUAAUAGGUCUCUUCCUACGAUUUGAUUACCCUUAAUUAAAACCAUUUUCAAGAACUUACGACUCCGCUCACAGAGUUGCCGAUAAAUGCAAAUUCGAGUGUAAUACAACGGUUAACCGCACAAAAACUUGAAAUUCUUGAAUAGAAAGUCACAGAAUUCCAAUAAAAAGGUAAAUUUUAAAUAAAAGCAUACAAAACAAGAGAAGGAAUGAAAACAAGAACACAAUCGACCGACAGAUGCGGCUUGGAUUAUUUUAUAUAUAAAAUAAUCCAAGUAUUCUAUAUUAUAUAUUAAAAUAUAUAAUUGAAUACUGUCCCCGCGCAAAACAAAUUUACUCUUAUUUUUAAGGUGCAAUUGAUGGAGGCUUUACAAUGUGGUCUUCCUGGAGCACAUGCUCAGAACCAACAUACUGUUUGAAAGGUGUUUCCAAACGAACCCGUACUUGCACUAAUCCCCCUCCAGCUAAUGGCGGAGAUGACUGUGUGGGAUUGUCAGCAGAGAGUAAAGAUUGCCCCACCCAAGCAGAUGGAUGCACAAGUAAGACGUUAAUGGUCAACAUACCAGGGGAAAAGGGGGCUAGAGCGUGUGCCCUCACCUACUCUCCACAUCGUUUUUCUUAUGCUUUGACAUAAUGACUGAUACUUGAAACUCCUUGAAAGUCUGUCUCGACAUUGUCUCAGUUUUCUUGUUCAUUCAAAGUCGAAAUGGUGAAGUCGUUUUACCAGUUCUCUAGACUCGUUCAUGCCUUGCAACCAAUACUACUUUCCCCUUUUUUGUAAUAAAUUCAGUUUGAUUUCUUGAAACAGAAUCAUAUGCUCUUGUUUUCAUCUUACUGCCUCUUGAUGGUUAUUUUAUAGUUAUAUUGUACAUGGAAGAAGCUGAUGUUUAUUUAUAAUCGCAUUAUUCGAUUUAGCUUAUGAGCCACCUAAGCCAGACAAAAUAGCAGCUGACCCUAAUUCCUGGAUAGCUUUGGAGUGCGAUGCAACCGAGAAGUUCUCAGCCACAGGAGCAUACAAACAGGAUGUUCCGUAUGCUGUGUAUACAAAUUUCAAUUUCAUGAAGACGGAGUUGGAGAGUGGAUGGUUUGCGAUCAAAAUUGAGCCGGAUGAUAAAGAUGAUUAUGGAAAGAAGAAUCUCACCAAGGUUUGCUAAUGACAUGGACGAUUUUAAAAAUGAACGAUAACCGAACCAAUUUCGAUUGGAAUGUUGAGCUCAUUUGAGCUUAUCUCUGCGCUGCGGGCUCUUUCAAAAUUGCUUACCAGUUAAGUCAAACCGUUAAGAUCUCAAAAUAAUAAUGAUAAUUAAAAAAUCACAUACGAUUGUCAUGAAUGCAGUGUCCUGCAGAGUUUUAAGUUCAAACGUAUAGACACUGUAAAACGUAGUUUGGAAAAGACCUCUUCUUGCUUGCAGCAGACCCGGGGUAAAUAACGUCCCUUCACUUAACUGUGCUUUAUCAUUUUUUUUUUCUCGUUCAGGUGUGUUUUGAAAUGGUCAGCCCGUUAACUAUUAAAAAGGUUGUGGAUAACAUAGCAACGUACUAUGCAAGGAUUGACGUACUACCUAGUUGGACACGCCCCGAACAAACAGAAAAUGUCCCUGCUAUCUCUAUCUGGAUUGAUGAAACACAGCUUCUAAGAAAAUAUGAGUUCCAGUGCUCUAAGUCUGAUAAAUAUUCCCCGCAAGCUGGAUUUGAAAUAACCGAUGUUAGGUCAGUACAUACAUAUCUAUACAUACGUAUUCUGGGUAGAAUGUAUUUCGCAGAGCGCUCAAUUCAUUUAAGUGAAGAGCAUUGUCUAUAGCAUUAAUAAUCACAGGAGUUCAGGCUUCCGGAGUAAUCAUUGAUCGUUUAUUGCGACAUUGCUGUUUCGUAUGGUCCGAAAUUGUAGGACCACACUCAUCAGGCAAUAAUCUUUCCCGAAGGGGCCUUUUACAGUUUUUAAUAACACUCCUCACUGACCAGUCAACUCGAAAUGUAAGUAAUUAGUUCUGUUUUUGAUUUCUUAAUUUAGGUUCUCCUAUUACACAGAGGGAAGUACUCAAAAAUUUUCAGCAAAAGGGAACUAUACGCUCAAAACAGGAAAUGUAUUCGCUACAGAAGUGUGGAAAGAUGUAACAACUGGAUCGGUGUACGCCAAGGGCACGGCUGCCUCUGCUACGUUUGGAGAUAUGUUAACCUCGUUUGGCUUAAAUCCUUCAAGUUUACCAGAUUUUUUUGUCAAUGCCCUGAAGUAAGUUGCCGUUGUUUUUGGUUCGUUUAUUUAUUCGCUCUUGAAGGUCAUCCUUGAGAAGUGAUGCUACCCUAAGAACCACUUUGCACCUACUACGGGUGUUAUUUGAACUAGGUUUACUCUUCCUGUGCGGGGUGCAAACGCGGUAGCAGCGGAGCAUGGUCACAAAUUAAAAUAAUUCAGCUUUGUUAUCCGGGUGAAGACGGAUGGGAAAUGCCAAAAAAGUGACUGCCCCAAGGAAAUGUGGUAAUCUACCCAUCCGAGAAAAUUUGGUAAUCACGCGACCGUACACCGACCGACCGCCCGUGCGCCCGACCGUCCGUCUGCACCAAAGGCAUACCAAUGUAAAAUAACUCAAUCAACAGGUAUGGCAACCCAAAUGCAACUCAAGGUUUUAUUUGGAAGAAAAUCACAUGGCCGCCCGGACUUUUAGAAAGAAAAAACAACAACAAAGUCGUGUCUUUUUCGGCGUUAUUUUUUAUGUUUACACACUAACGUGGAUAACGGAGAAAGAGCGAGAGCUAGAGCGAGUUAUUGAAAAUAAAGGAGACGAAUUUCGUAGGAAGAAAAACAUGGAGAUUCAAAGCGGCGGUGAGAAAAUGAGAAAUGCUAGCGGCCAUCAAGGUGAAAAAGAGCGGCAGUGAAAAAUAAAAGCGAACCUGAACACAGGAAACAAAAUGUCGGGUAUUAAAGCACAUAUCUGGUGGGGUAAGUUUCUUUUGUUUUGUGUCCCCAGGGCGUGAAAACAAAAGAAACCAACCCCAUUAGACCGGGGUCCCCCACUCAAUGUAAACAGGCCCUUAGAUCUGUUGGUCGAAGCCAUUUUCAUUGUCGUCCGUUUAGCAUUACACGAUUUAAUUUUUUUUUGUUUACACGUAUUAUUAACCAGAGCUUCGCUUUUAGCCCUGGCUAAAUCUAUAUAUUACAUGGAUCGGGAAUAAAGAUUUUUUCCCCAUAAUCCCUUUUACCCUAACAUUUUAGGUCGCAAAUUGAAAUGACUUCGUCAACUACUGUUCAAUGUUAUGAGGCUUCAUGUGUCUUAAACGCGGUGGAAUAUUUUUUGAGUCGACCGCUUUGUGAUCACGUCAUCAGUCAGCCGGCUCUAAGAAACAGUGAUUAAUCAUCAUUCUGAUAAUGAUAACAUUUUCGUUCGCGCAUUUCCUAACCCAGAGAAGAUUAUCCGUUUUAGUUCGGACUAUGGCGGACUUGAUUAAUACCAUUUUAGAGAAAAUCUAAGCCAAUGUUUUCUUUACUUGGACAGGGGAAUUGGUGUGUGGGAUUUCAAUAUGGCGCCUGCUGAGUUUGCAAGGAAAUUGGAACAAUUCGGCCUUUACCGCUUCACUGGAACGAUUGACGCAGGCGGUGUUCCGAUUCAUGCAGAAAUUUUGGCGGGAUAUAAAUUUGGAAGACCGCAGUUUGCGAUUGGUUUUUCCUUUGAUAAAGAAUCGUACGGCAAAUUGGCAGAGAAGCUGUCUGGAAUAAAGGUUGAUUUCUUGGAUUCCCUUGGAAUAGACUUGGAGGUAUCAGCUAUAAUAAGUGUCCCAGUAAUCGAUUUGUUUAACCCUCUUACAAUCUAAGUUUAGAACAGAAAGUUACGAAACCCAGCUUGCAGGAGGCAAGCCAGUAGACUUACAAGCCAUAACCCAAGCCAAGCGUAACUCGGCCUAAUGGUCAGGGCGGGACUUAUCUGAUUCUUCUUUGAAGUUUUUCGUUUCAUAACUAGCAAACAGGAUGUAUUCGGCAGUGCUGAUCCUAGCAAUUUGCAGUUCGCGUUUCACAAGCAAAGGUAGUGAUUGAAGUUGCUCGAUCAUCAAGAGCCCUUUCGUAGCUCAGUUUUUAGUGUGCCCACCGAUAGACAUUUAGAAGAAUCGCAUAGACAUUUUAUUUAACCUUUCUUUCAUCUUUUAAAUGGUGCACGGUGAUUACUGAGUUAUUCGGAUACUUUUGUAUUGUUAACGAGGCUUUGACUGGGUAGCGGAAAUUUCCAGUUCACCGAGGGAUAUAAAUUUUCAUGUUAAUGAAAAAGGUCGCAUUUAAGAAAUAUUGACCGAAAAGAUAUUUCCAAUGUGUUAACAUCUGCUAAAUAACUGCACUAGUGUUAUGUUUUGAUACAGAUAUCCUUCUGUCAAGCCUAUGUUAAAUACAUUAUUACUUAAGAUGACACUAAAAUAAGAGUACCUCAGGGGUAAUAAUUAUUCUACUACUUAAAGUCCAACUUCGAUAUGACGAAUCUUUAUUUUACGAAGUCCUUGGUACAAAGAACUUUAUUCUUCCUGCCAGUAAUAGUGAAAUAUGUGGAAAAGAGCUUCGAUAUUGCGAAACCUUUUUGUAACAAAGAUACUUUGUCGGUCCUUUGGCCCUUGGUUAUAUCGAGGUUCCGCUGUAGUUCUUAAGAAAUUUACAUGUUAAAAUUUUCAAUUACCUGUUAUAGGUUGGUGUAAGCUUUAGUGUUCCCACUUCGCUAGGAUUUCAGCAGGUCCUUGUUGAUAGUACCACCACGUUUUCUAAAGAACCGCUCAAAAGUUUUCAUACCGUCUCCGUCCCAGGAGGUAAGAAGAAUGUAAGGUAAAGAUAAAGUGGAAGUAGACUGAUGAGGAUAGACUAAGUUGUGCGCACCUUUCGAGCCAGUUAAAGCUGCCGUUUUACUACUUUCAGAAAAAAGACUAAAACUUAAAGAAAAAUUGGUCUGAAAAGCGCGCGUAAAUACUGAGCGAGUAUGUUGGGACGUGCUCAUGCCCCCCUAGGCAUCCCAUAAUGCUCCUUAAAUCUAAGUAAUUCAAUAUGGCCGCCGUAUCGGUAAAAAGGUCUAUUGAAUAACAAUAUAUUCUUAAAAGACGGUUAGUACUGUACUUUGCAUUGGUUGUCUCAGUGUCGCUUCUCACGUUUAUAGUCAUACUGAUGGUCAAUUUAUUUUGUUUUGUUUGCUAACUAUCCAUUUUUGCAUUUAAGGUAUUUUCGUCGCGGCCCAAAUUACCCUACCGAAGGACUGUUCAAAUAACAAAUUCUGUGAAAUUUGCAAGAUGAUUCUGGGACCAACCAUCAAGUGGUAUAUUAGUGGACAGUUUGAAUGGAAAAAGAUCAAAGUCACGACCGGGUUUCGUAAUAUUAAACUCUGGGAUGGACUGGCAUUUGAUAGGCUUGAGUUGUACGUCGAGGUGAGCUUUUGUACUUUCUCACUUUGCUAGUUGAAAAAGGCAAAGACAUACCACCAGCAUGGAUCGUUUUUAGCACUUUAAGUAUAAAGAUAUGCUCAGCUGUUUACUAACUAAAUAAAAAUAAAGACAGCUUCUCAGUCUAGAAUUGUGUGCCAACCAUAACCUCUCUGUUGUGUAACUGUUAGGCGGAAUUCAACGCUACCCACACACAUGUCAAACUGGGCUUCCGCGUGGAUAUAAAAAUACCUGUGAACGGCGAGAUCGAACGGGACGGCAUCAUAGCUCCUGGAAAUGAUCUGUUUCUCUUUGGUGUGUUGGAGUACGACUUUACAGAAACGAAAGUUUCCGGAAAACUGGGCAUGCGCGGAAUGUGGCGAAAAGCCUAUUGGAUCCCUUGGUUAUCUUUAGGAAACAUCUUUCUUGGGUAAGAAGCUGUUGAAUGAGGCUGCAACAGUUUUGAACGUAAGGGCAUACGUUAUCCUCCUCCUCUUCUUCGUCAUUAUAAUCGUUUGCGUAUACAACUUAUGCCUGAGAAACGAUGAUAUCUUCAUAAUAUAACCGUGUUUAGUAUAUACACACUCAGUGAUCUUGCCGAUUUAAGCAAUCUGAUUGGUUCGCUAUCUCGGACUAUUCAACGAUAUUCACCUCCUAGCGAGUGGAUAAUGUGUGAGCUCGGUGUUUUUCCCAUUUUUUUAGAGAACGAUCUUUUAAAAGUCGACAAAAUCCUGGGGUUGACUUUUUUUAAGGCAAGAAAAGACUUGGAAGGAUUCAAUACGGCGUUUUUCAAUUUACUGUAGCUGAGUUUUAUGCUCGAUGGAUUGUUUACAUUCCCGUGUAUUCGCGAAGAAGAAGCCUUUUCGUGAACUCAGCGUUUUCUGACAAGAAAAUUUUGGCUCAAAAAUUGAAGUUUACUUAUGACAAACAAAUUUAAAACGAAAUGUUUGCAGAAAUUCUACGUUUCAAGUAAACAGGAAAGAAAAUGAUACAGGAAGACGACGUCUUACCUCGAGCAACCGAGCCGUCAUUUUUUGUCAGCACUUCAUGCGAAGAACGACACAACCAACCCUUUUGGCUAUACACUUGGCGAGUCAACAGAAAACAACAAAGCUCUACUUUUCUUCUCGGGUAGGGAAACAGUUCAAACUUUUAGCAGUUCCAUUUAAGCCAUUACGCUGUUGUUUGCGAAAUGAUAAACUUGUGAAUUGCCAUGUUUGAAAAUUCUGCAAAGAUCUAUUUUAAAACUUACGCGUGAUUUGAUCUGUCAAUCAAAUCGUACUUUUUAAUAGUUUCCUCUCUGAUUUUGUUGAGAUCACUUUCUUUUGUAUAUACUAAAACAAUUAUUCUUUUCAAUCUCGGUGAAUAGUGGCUUUGAGAAAAUUUACCUCGCCGCUUUCGCGGCCCGGUAAAUAUUUAGCCACUAUUCACCUUGAUUUCAAAGAAUAAUUAACAAUUAUUCGCCGAAGGCGAAGUUAAUAUUGUUGAAUAAUCCCCGAGACGAGGUCGAGGGGAUUAUUCAACAAUAUUAACUGAGCCUGAGGUGAAUAAUUGUUUUAGUAUAUUCACACGAAGUGAUCUCAACAGAAUCAGAAAGGAAACCAUUAAAAAACCAUUAGUUUGAUUGACGGGUGAAAAUUCAUGCGUGAACACGAAGCCGUAAACAGUGGAUGCGCAAAAGUUAGAUCUUUACAGUAUCUUCAAACAUGGCAAAUGAUAGUUUUAAUCCUUUUGUAUCGAGUUUUGUAAGCUUUAGCAUCAACGGUUUAAAAGAAAACGCCGAAAAUUUAAAUUACUACCCAAUUCUGAGAAGAAAAGUAUCUAGAGCUUUAUUUGUUUCUGUCAACUCACCGUGAAUGAGAAAGUUUUCUUCGUCGCUUCUUGCAAAUGCUGUCAACAGCGGCUGCGAUCAAGGUAAGCGUUGUUUAUCUCCAAAGUUCUUUGCCUUGUUAACUUGCUGGCACGUACAAUUUUCGAAAAUAUUUGCCUUCCUCUCUUCUCCAUAAAUUAACCUCUAUUUAUAGGCAAAAUUGGUCUUGCGAGAAAAUCCCGAAAUCACAAAACAGUGACAAAGCGACCUCGUUUUCCUCUGUAGUGGUAAACAUAGCUUCGAGCGUACAAAAAGUCAGCUAAAGUAAACCACUUCACAAUAAAUCACGCUGUUUAAACACCAUGAAGUCUUUUCUUGCUUUCAAAGUCAUCAGCACUUGGAUAUUCGUGUAUUUUCAAACAGGUUUUACUUUGAAACUUUGGCAAAACACCCAGUUCACGACAGCGAUUUUGCUCGGCUUUAUAUUCACCGCCUAGCGCGGUGAAUAUAACGUCAUAGUCCGAGAUAGCUAACCAAUCAGAUUGCUUGAAUUACCAAGAUCACUGAGUGUGUAUAUACUAAUUGUUAAUGAAUGAAUUUUAUCACUAACUAGUAUUCAGCCCGUAAGUAGUUACAAUAACGGUAUUUACAAUGAGAUCAAACAAGAUAAAACAGUAGUUACAACAAAAACGCUUAUUCCAAAAAGUACAUACAUGUUAUUACUAAUUAAUCCUUCAGUGACAACUUAAAAGAUGGUGCAAGUAAUACUUUCUUAAAAACAUGGGGUGAACUACACUAAAACUUAUAUUCGAGAUGCCGGAGACAGCUCUUUAUUCACCUUAAGGUAAAACUAAGCUGCUCAAGGGAGAAGUGGAUUGCUAAGAGAAUGGGUCGUUAACCUCUUGUCUUGGAAAACUGCGGGAGAAUUCUUUUAUUUAUUCCACUCUCGUUAAAUUAGUUUCCAGAAUUUCCAAGCCCACAGACCAAAAUAGUUUAAGAACCCGAAGAAAACGUUGUUGUCAGUAAUUUGACGAUGGAUGUGUUGUGGUUCAAUUUUAUCUUUAAUUUGAAUUUUCUUUCUGAGUAUGGGAGUGUAUGAUAGUCAAUUUGAAACAAAGGUAAAUAACAAUUUGACCGAAGAUCAAAUCUGCCUUUGCUGCAUUCCUGUGAAACUUAGGCAUCAACUCGAGGCUUGGAUGGACAAUUUACAGUGAGCUGUAUGAAUUUGUCCACCCGGGCCUCGACCUCAUUUCUUUAUGUUUGCUCGCUGCAGCGGAAUGCGCAUGCGGGAAAGGUCUUUUGAGCCACAACAAUUAUGUAAAGAUCAUCACAUUUAAGCCUAAUGAUUAUAAGGAAAUAAAUUCCUUUUCCUGCAAAACCUUUUCACCUAAACGUACUUUUUGAAGUUAUAUUUCUUUCCGCAUUUAUUGCCCCCGCAGGGAUUUCGCUCAGAAGGCGAAAUCCAGAAGAGGCACUCUAGUAACUCGCGCGUAUAUUAAGGAAAGUACUGACAGUUGAAAUAUACAGUCAUACAGUCAAUAUAGAAAAAAUCUCGAUUUGCUUGAACAGGGGCCGCGAGGAAUCGGUAGGUAAUGAUGACGUUUCUAUUGUUUGGCCCGCAAGUACGAAAUAGUUAGGAUGACCUAAAGACAGAAAAUCCCGAAGCGACCGCUUAGGUAGAUUUUGUGACAUUUAUUGUGCAGUGAUACUUCGCUACUCUUUUGCGUUACGUGUUAUCAGUGACAUUCUGUGGAGCAGUUGUUUUGAAAGUUAUGGACCAAAAGACACUCGUUAAGCGCAAGUUAUAAGGUGCGUAUAGCUUUGUACAUAUAAACACUUGAAGGAUUUGCCAGACACGAGUUCACAAAUCUUUGAUUGGAAACCUUGCCAGACACUCUUUCUCUCUCUUUGACCGGAAUAAGACUCAGCCCCUCAGAGCCCCUGCAGCCCCAAACAAGCAAGACGAGUGAACAACGUCUACCUUAUCACUAGCAGAACGAUGGACGAUCACAGAAAUUCGCCGACAAUCAAAUUCUGUGCUGACUUAUUCCCUGCUCACAGAUGUCCUUCCCCUGUAAAGUUUAAAACUAACACUAGAAUGCGUGAGCGUGAAUAUGAUCAAACGUCCUUUUAAUUACUUUCCGGCAAAUAAAAUGAACUGAAUGUAAAAAGUGAAAGAGAAAUAGCGAAAAUUCAAUCUUUUCUUAUGGUUUAGAAUAAACUAUUCUCGAAACUGAGAAUGUUUUGAUCAAAGCUGUGUAAAUCGAACUGAAACUGUGCAUGGAACCUUGCGUUUCCUGUAUUUAUCCUACCUGUUGUAUGGAAUAUGUGUGAAAUUCUUCAUUAUGAAUCGAAUCGGUAUACCGUAAAAUUCCGAAAAUAAGCCCCGGGGCUUAUAUUUUUCAAAGGCCCUUUUAGAGGGGUUUAUAUUCGGAGGGGCUUAUCAACAGAGGGAAAUCUGCGUUUCAAAAUCGAUUGCGCUAGCCUUAUAGUUGGAAGUGAAUUUACCGUUUUUGCUUUGUUGUACUUUGUAUUUGAGGGCAAUUUUCCAAGUGCAAGCCCCCGGGGGCUUAUAUUUGGAGGGGCGAUUUAACGGAGGGUUUUUUGCGUUACCGGUUUGAGGGGCAUAUAUUUGGAGGGGCUUAUACAUGGAGGGGCUUAUUUUCGGAAUUUUAUGGUAUUUCAAAGAGCUACACAACAGGCAAUUAUACUAUUGACCAACAAUAUACAGAGCGGGGGCAGCUGUAGUGUCAAGUAUUACUAGUUUAUUAGUUGUCCAUUGCAGACAAAUAUAUAUAUACAUGUAUUUGCGAUCUUAAUUAAACUCUGGACGUGUCAAGUAUAACGAAUUUAUGAGUGUAACAUACUUGGCAAUUAUAACAAUCAAGCAUGCAUUUUUGUUAAAUUGAAGGGGCUUAACCACAGGUAGCCCAAGCUCACUAUGAGUGCCCUGAACGACAUUAUCCUACUUAGCUAAUUAAUUAUUCAUGCAGCAAGAAAAUUAUAAGACGCUGUAUGGAGAAAUGUUCUUUGCUCACUAAAUUAGCAAAAUGUACAUUGAAUAUCGCUUUAAAGCUUACCUUUAGCGUCUUCUUGUUUUUCUUUGUAUUCUGACUGCAUUUCAGACCUCCUAGGCACUGUUUAAGGCCUUUUUUGGAGCGACAGUUUUUCACCCAGAUGACAGUAGAGAGAAGAGAAGAGAAGGUUGGCAAAUCUCUCUUGACUGGCUCCGCUCUCGGCGGCGAUAAAUUCCGUGACAUUUGCGACAUGGAGACAAUUCCGCCAGAAACAGAUGUCCUGAUAAAUAACGCACAUUUUCCAUCAUUCACAUCGCCAAAAUUCCCAUUUCGAAGGUCCUAAAUCGCCAACGAAGUGGGCAAUACACGGCUGAGGUGAGGCGAGUCGAGAGCAGACCCGCAACGGACUCCAACCGUCACGUCGACAAUUCAAACCGACGCGGGCUGGCAGGGUCAAAUUGUUCAACCGUCAAAGGACAAUUGGAGCAUUUAGCCUACUGGGCACAGUAACUGAUUUUUCACUUCUCACAUUGCACUCCGGGGUCGCGGAAGUCAAGCAUCGCGUGUGAUAGUGACAUGUAAUAUCAAAACAUGUCGCGUUGUUAAUGUUUUGAUCUCUACUCUUCUUUUUAAAAAGCGUUUGACAAUGGUUUUUUAUGUAUGAUUUAGAAAAAAAUUUUGCAAUAAGAAUUACUACGGCUGUAAACAGUUGUUAGCUAUUUUUCCUCCCUUUUUCAACAAGUGGCAGUAAGUAGCAAGUUUGGGGACAGGAUCUUCCGGCAGGUGCUCUUAUCUAAAUGGGAGUGUUUUUACGGAAAGGAAAUAUGUAAAUAAAUAUUUCAUUGAAUUCUGCCACAUUAGCUACACCGAUUUCAAGAUCAAAUUAUACAUCAGCUGCUUACAGCGCAAGCAAAGUAUUUCUGAAAUAUGAAUUCCAAAUGUAGUAGCUAUUUUUGUAUUGAUUGGAUUUCUUGACGCUACUAUUAAUCAUGGCUUAAAGGUAGCGUCAAGAAAUAGAUAAGAGCACCUGCCGGAAGAUCCUGUCCCCAAACUUGCUACUUACUGCCACUUAUUGAAAAAGGGAAGAAAAAUAGCUAACAAUUGUUUACAGCCCUAGUAAUUCUUAUUGCAAUAUUUUUUCUAAAUCACGCAUAAAAAACCAUUGUCAAACGCUUUUUAAAAAGAAGAGUAGAGAUCAACCAAAUGCAACAACGCGACAUGUUUUGAUAUUACAUGUCACUAUCACACGAGAUGCUUGACUUCCGCGACCCCGGAGUGCAAUGUGAGAAGUGAAAAAUCAGUUACUGUGCCCAGUAGGCUAAAUGCUCCAAUUGUCCUUUGACGGUUGAACAAUUUGACCCUGCCAGCCCGCGUCGGUUUGAAUUGUCGACGUGACGGUUGGAGUCCGUUGCGGGUCUGCUCUCGACACGCCUCACCUCAGCCGUGUAUUGCCCACUUCGUUGGCGAUUUAGGACCUUCGAAAUGGGAAUUUUGGCGAUGUGAAUGAUGGAAAAUGUGCGUUAUUUAUCAGGACAUCUGUUUCUGGCGGAAUUGUCUCCAUGUCGCAAAUGUCACGGAAUUUAUCGCCGCCGAGAGCGGAGCCGGUCAAGAGAGGUUUGCCAACCUUCUCUUCUCUUCUCUCUACUGUCAUCUGGGUGAAAAACUGUCGCUCCAAAAAAGGCCUUAAACAGUGCCUAGGAGGUCUGAAAUGCAGUCAGAAUACAAAGAAAAACAAGAAGACGCUAAAGGUAAGCUUCAAAGCGAUAUUCAAUGUACAUUUUGCUAAUUUAGUGAGCAAAGAACAUUUCUCCAUACAACGUCUUAUAAUUUUCUUGCUGUAUGAAUAAUUAAUUAGCUAAGUAGGAUAAUGUCGUUCAGGGCACUCAUAGUGAGCUUGGGCUACCUGUGGCUUAACGUCGUCCGCAUACAGAAUGUGAUCACUUCUGGCUCGAUUUCCAACCGCCGCUCUGCUAGUAAUAUGCAAUGGCUUUGAUUGACAGGUUGACUUACAAAGUUGGAGCGCCUAUACCCAUAACUGGUGUGCAAUUUGGAAUGAGAGUCGAAUUUGGAUACGACUGUCUUAUACCAGCAGAUUUCAAUAACGACGUGAGUUACAAUGCACGAUUUGCAAAGUAAAGCCAUUUUACGUUAAUUUAUACAAAGGUAGACUUAUACUAAACCGUAGUGUGCUUCGUUUAGUUUCAAUAUACCUACAACUGACUGUGAGCAGUCUUCACAGUAGACAAGUCCACAAGACCGACGGUUUAUCCCUUGUCAUGCUGACAAAGAUGCUUUGAUUUUGCGAAAACUGGAAGAUGUUUAAAAGACACUGAACUCUUAAAAAACAUCUCAAUUUUUCCAUGCUGACGCAAGUCUAAGAAGAUAUCUUAUAAUAAGGUUUAUAUGGAUCUUCGUAGAACGCUUGUCAAAAACUCCGUAUGAUUUGUUUGCCAUGUGAAAACCAGCAAUUAAAAAAAUCUGUUUCCUUAAAAUGCGAUUGGAAUAAAGUAGUUGAGCAAGCACUCCUACAAAAAUAUUAAUUCAUUUUAUAAUAUCAAGUAAUAAAUAAAAUGUAUAUUAUUUCCAGGGCCAUUGUUUCGGUGGUGAAGGAUACUUUGGUGUCGGAGAUCCAGAGUUCUUUUAUGCUAGUAUAACAGCUCUCACAUUUGGGAAGAUCUUCAGAUUGCUGGGAGCAACUUUUGAGCUUCCACCUCCAAUAGCAGCUACCGGCUUUCCACAAGGGGCGACUGUAAGCUGGAUAUUAGAGACCUUUGGAUUCCAGGACGAGGACGAUUACGAGAACGAAAUUUAAAGGGGCUGUGUCACGACAGUCCAGUUCAUUUUGUUUAAUUUUGCCAAUUACUCGCCCUCAAUCGGUAUGGAACUUAAAGUAAGCAAGGAAAUUACAUGGAAAUGACAAAAUCAGAGAUUCGAGACAAACAAAUAUGUCUCCUGAGCAUUAUUUUUGAAGCUGCAAACAGCAGAGAUCAACUUUGAAAAGCUGUUAGGCUGAACAGUUUUCAAAAACCCUCAUUUCAAUCCGUUUCAAUCUUCUUCAGUUUUGUCUAUCCGUGGCAUCUGUUCUAUCUGUUGUGUUAUUUUAACCUUUCUUUAAUAUUUUACGCGGUUAUUUUUAUAUUUCUUUUAAUUUAACGAGCAUUUUGCAAUAACCUGAUUUGGCUGAAUUUCGUGACACAGCUCCUUUAAAUUUGACCUCCACUUUUUUUUGCGUAUUCCGAGAAAACAGAAAUAUUGGAAAGAUUCCUUUUCCUUUUUUUUCACUACCGCAAACGUUAACACGGUUUUUAUUAUCACUGAAAGUAAAGCCCUCUCUCGAUCGCAAAAUGAUAAUGAUAAUGAUGAUGGGAAAAUCUCGCGUUUUCGCAGUUGUCCUCAUAUUAGAAUGUGAUGGUCUUUAGUAGUACUCUUCUUCUUGCUUUGAAUCUGAGUGGGGCCAUAUUACCCUUUCUGACAGUGACAUGAAGCCAUUUUAUUUAAAUUUGUUUAAUUUGUUGUCUUCCGAAUUAUAUCUGAACUGUAUUGACUAAGCUUUGAUGUUAUUUUUUAACAUCACGAAAUCGGAGAUGGUGUAUCCAAGAAAGUGGCUGUUUAAUUUUAGGAGUCAAAAGGUUAAAACAGUCUUCUACUUUGCCUUGAAAGUAACUUGUGUUACACUGAUAAAUAGCAAUUUUCUUUCCCAAUUACGGACUUCAAAUUUUUCUGUUAGGUUGCGAAAUCUUCGGCCGACGUUGAUCUCCGAAUAGCGGGUGGCCCGUUUAUCUUCGAAGGUUUCUAUAUGAAAGGAGAGGUUAACAUUCUGGGUUGGGGAAUUUUUGCAGAAAUCAGGUUAUCAAAAACGGUAAGUAACCAACAAUACUCGACUUUUAUGAAAUGCCUUCCCACAAUCACCGCGUAGUCAACUUAGUUGGAUGCCCGCCCGUCUCGCUGUCGAGCAGAAAGGGACGGGCUCGACUGAACCCAGGGCGGACCCCUAACAAGGGUCUUAAAAAACCUGGUAAGAUUAGUGAUAGCCAUGAUUCAUGCCCUUGUCUCACUUCAGAUGAUCGCGUCAUUGGGCUUUGUCUCUUCAUCCUUCCUUGUCAAUUCGAAGGGAACUUGGGAGAACCCUCUUGUUUGUUCGAAACGUGCAGGGAAUGUAGACCUCGGUGUUGUCGUCUAUGCGUUUUAUCUCCAAGCAAUACUUAAAUUGGAGCCAAACUCUGAUGUUUGUAUUGCCUUACAACGCCGAUGAAAUUUUCAAAGAAACUCUUAAUGUACAUUUAAUAAUGUAUUAUGUGUACCAAAGGUUAAUACGUACCAAAUGAAACAUCGUAUUUGCCCCUACCAAUGAGUAGUAGCUACGGGACUCGCCUCUCUACGUUCUUUGCCGAGCUAUAAAUUUACAGACCUUUAUUGUUAUUUGUCACUCUGGACCGGUGCUGUGGCUGCUUCCGGCGGUAUUCAGUACGUGCGUCCUCUAAAAACACGGUUGGGUGUUGUAAAGCUGAUUCUAGUAGUUUUCAGGACGGUUAUGCAUUUUUGCAGCUCUCCAUGACUAAUUCCUAGACACGCGACUUGAGCGAGGGAAUGGGAGGCUUAAGCAACGACGACGGCGACGGAAACGAGAACGGCAAAGUAGUAGGUUUAGACAAGCAAAAGAACAACUUUGUACGUGCAUCACGCUUUUUUUACGCUGCUUUGCCCUCACUGUACGACUAUGACGUGAAACUUCCUAAUUUCACGUUCUUUUGAAGACCUAAACACAAGACAACAAUUUUCUUUUUCCCCUAGCUUUUAUAAACUUAGAUACAAUCCUUUAAAAUUCAACUUCUAAAAAAUCGCCAAACUUUGACAAAUUAAACGAGUCGGAAUUACAGGGAUGAUGUUUAAAACAGCGUGAAUCCUUUUAUUUUAUGGGUGGAGUGACGUUUUGGCUACCGUUGCCUUCGUCGUUGCUUAAGCUUCCCAAUGUCAUAGGCGUUCAAACCCCCCUCCCAGACAAAGACCUCUACCCCAAUCACAUUGUAAGGGUAAUUAGAACUUUUUCUUCUUUUUCCUCUUAAGAUAAUUUUUGUGGACUUAAAGCCUGACCCAGUGGACAUUUUAGGUAUUGCUAAAAUUACCCGAAGCCCAAGCGACUCUUCACUGGGACCAUGGUUCUAUGUCAAUGCCAGGCGGGAUAUAUUUUACGUUGAGGUAAGUUGACAGGAGUUGACGUAAACGUUUACAGGUCGUUUAAUUGACGAACCAUGAAAUUUACGGGGUUUUUUUACGUUCAUUAGUACAAAUCCAAACAAAUCCUCCAAACUCCUCUUAGUUUAAUUAGUUAUCAAUCUUUCCCUAGGUUAAAAUAUUAUUUUCUUUUAUUUCAAAGAAAAAAUUGAAGCACAACCCGUUCAUACUUUAUUGGGCAAGACAUAAUAUGCAUACAAAAUAAAAAAGUGGGCAGUAAAGGUAUUAUAAUACCUUUAAAUGACGAACGUCUUUAACACUUCUAAAGAAACGAAGGUGGAAACAGGAAAAAAUGUGAGCAUUCGGUCCAUCGGACUAACACCCAUACUGGUUAGCUACAGGGAAUUUGCUUUUGUUUUGUUUUUGUUUUUUUUUAUCAAUGAACUAAGACUUACCACUUCCACUUUCACAAUUUGCCCUUAACACUGGAGAUUCAGUGCUUUGGAAUAAUAUCCUGGUUAAUCAUAACUAUAACAAAAUUGUCAAAUCUGAUUGGCUAUCAACUGCCCUGAUUUCAGCCUUAAUUGGACAGUUUUAUUGGACAGUACGCGUCAUGCCUAAGUAAUUGGACAGUGCGCGCCAUCACGCGCGCGCUUAAAUGGCUUUUUUUCUCGCUGGUAGCAAAACAAAAUUUCGAAUUUCUUGUGUUUUGAUUUAAAAAAUAGCUUAUAAUAUCACAAAUUUUGUUAAAGUUAUCAUUAAUUGGUAACAGAACUUCGUGUCGUCCAAUUCGGUCUGUAAUCAUACUCGUGAUUAAACAAAUCGGACUCCCGCUACGCGGUCGUCCGAUUUUGUUAAUCACGAGUAUGAUUACAGACCGAAUUGGACUCCACUCAGUCCUGUUACCAUUACUAAUUUUCGUGGUUUAAAAACGAUUAGCAAUACUACCCUGGGUAAACCUUUUAAGAACUGUCCAAUCUUGUCAGCUUGAGGUACCAAAAAAAAAAAGGGAAAGAAAGAAAAGAAAAACGGAGAGAAAGGCGUUCGUUGAUAUGCGUAUGCCUGAUGUAGUAAGCUUAUUAAGAAGUUUCAAAUAUUAAAGUCUCUAAAUUAACAAUUUUAAGCAAUUUGUAAACAGGCCAGGGGCAGCAGAUAUUCAGUUAAAAGGGUUCCUAUUUUGUUUGCUAAUGACCGUUUUUUUUUCAAUCAGGCGUACUUUGAGGGGUAUACGGAGCUGCUUGGAAUCUCAACCUAUUGCCGUUUGAACCUUACAAUGUCCAGAAUGGAGCUGCUGAUUCAAGGAAACUUUCUUGGGAUUAUAAAAGCUGAGGUGUUCCUCACGGCUUCUUACAGUUUAACCUUCGCUUCUUCCCAGUUCUACGUGAAGGUUACCGUGGACUUGUCUGGAAUAAAUGACGUAAGAAGAAAGCUCUUUCUUCUUUAACUUAGCUGUCAUGGCUUGAGAAGGUUUAUAGGAAAAAACGGUUGUACUGAAGCCGUGAUAUGCAUCACUGGUGUACGUCUGUGAACCUUUAAAUUUAUUGAUUCUGCUGCGUUCGGAAUAUACUUUUAACCAAUCAGAAGCACUUCCCAUAUCUGGUUAGUAACUCGUUAUUAGCGGAGCUCCACGCGCGCGCGAAGCGCGCACGUGGGCGGAGCCCCAUAGCUAAGGAAAUCUACCCAUCCCAGAAAAUUUGGUAAUCACGUGACCGACCGACCGACCGACCGACCGUCCGUCCGCACCACAGGAAUACCAAUGUUUACUCUCACACUUUCUAGCUACUAUGGGAGCCCAGGAGAAAGCUGAUUGCAUAUCAAUGUUGUCAUCAAUUGACAGCUGUCAAAACAGGGUAUCCGCUGACCACUAUCACCGAAUCGCGGGCUCAGGUGUCGACCCAUCGAGGUCGAGUAUUUUUUUGAAGGACAAUUUACUCGUUUUCAAAUGAUCGCAGGCUCACGUUUACUUUUGUUUUAAAUUCAUAUCAAAUAUGUUGUGUUUAUGUCAGUAUCGCCCAGCGCUAUUACGAUUUUUAUUUCAAACUGACCUCAGAGGCAAAAAUUCAGCCAGUUUUUUUAAAAUACAGGCGGGGAAGACCUUUUCUUACCAUGGUCACGUGUUGGUCACGCUCCACGUCCAAUUUUUAUGCUCUGAUUGGUUAAAAUUUGACAGGUGAGUUCAUGCGUAAAAUUUAUGCAGCAUCUUGAAAGUUGUUUACUUUGACAGCUGAAGCUGACAGAGUUUUGAGUCAACUUGUGAUUUUUUUUUUCCACUGGAUGUACAAAAUGAAAUACAGCUGCUAUCAAGAGUGUUCUCUUAUUCAUGGCUGGUUUGUUUAUUGGGUUUUUGGUUGAAAAAUGCGUCGCUUGUCAAAGCCGAUAAUCCGAUUUAUUUCGGAUGGCAUCGUUUUUGUUUUUCACCUUGCUGGAUGCGUACGAGAAUUAUAAAGGCUCAAGCGAUCCUUGCCUUACUUGAUAGCUUUCAGGAGCUGCAUCACGAAAUAUGGUAAGCCUGAAUAAUUAUUGUAUUUAAAUCUAAUUUCAUGAAGUCCAGCUGCGCAGUUUAUGAAGCUAGUUUAUGCACGUUUGUAUUAAGAUUUGACUGAGACACUGAUCUGACCUAGUGUGAGGUUUGAUAUAAGCUUAAGCUUACAGAACUUUAAAAAGCCUUUAGUCGAUAUUAAUUCACCUUAAAUAGAAAGAAAAAACUUUCCGAAGAAUAUUUAGUUAUAAUUUUGGCGGUAGAAAGAAAGCUUUGAACGAUUUUCUUUUCGUGAGUUCAUCUUUGAAAACAGCCAACACCGGGAAACCGGCGGCUUAAAACAAACUUUAAGCUUACUGGUAAAGACUUGAGGAUUCUUAGACACACUUAAAUACUCAUUUGUUUUCGUGAAUGAAAAUUGUUGUCUCUGUAAAUGUUCUAUCGAAUUAUUUUUCUUUAUUGAUUUUUGGUAGUCUUAAAAGUGUAAUUAUCAUCGCUUUGCCGUUUGUUUUCAGGCGUUCAUAAACGUCGCUCGCAGGAGUACUCAAAAUGCCAAGCGUAUCAAACGCUUUUUAAGAUUAAUUAAUAAAAAAUAGACUCAAUAAAUUCUUUAUCACGUUGAAGCGUAACUCUUUUAAAAUUUCUUCGCAAAUUUGGCGCUUGUCAAAAGUUAGAACCGGCUGGCCGUAUAGGUGAUUUUGGAAAUUUUUUGAACGGUUUCGCUAAUUAAAAGUCCACGCGUGCCUCGAUGGUCCUGAAUAUUGAAUGAAUGCAAUUUGUCUUGAAAAAUUGUGAAAUACUAAAUUUUGUACAAGGUCUGUAUGAUAAAAACAGCGCCUCAUAGUACUCUUUCUCCUCAGAUGUGGUGUAUAAAAAAUAAAAGAUUGGUUUGCACGCACCCAGAUUUAUUGGCAAGAAUUUGUAAAGUUGUCGAACGCAAAAAAUUCGGUCUGAUUUGUUUUCCAAGAAUUUGUUUUGCACGCCUUAUCUACUGUGAUCAAGAGCCAUCAUUGCUCUUAAAUGCGACCGAAGACUAUAUUUUGGGUGUACAUAUAAGGCUAUAUCAACUCGAUACAAGAUUUGUUUCACUCCAAAAUCACUUAGCUUUUCCCUCAAAAGUCACCUGAAUGUGCCCUUAAGUUAACUGAUUCUUGGAAUACAAAACUAUUGUUUGAUUUAAGUUAUAAAUUUAUCAAUGGGAGCUUCGCUUUUAGCCGUGGCUAAAUCUAUAUAUUAGUAUAUAUGGAGUUUCUGCGCUCGUUGCUCGGGCGUCAUUUCGCAGGGAAACUGCGAUCAGGCUUUCUCAUUUUUCGGGGAAGAGCGGUGGCUAGAGAAAAAGGGAGGAAGGACCACCUGAUCGCAGGUUACUGGGAAACCGAAGUGGUGGCGUCGCGAAAUGUCGGCUGUUUUCCCAGGCUAACGGGUGAGUUGUUAGUCUGAUUUUUACGUCUAAUGUCGCUUUAAUUUUGACUGCACCCGUCUGGGUAGAAAGAACCCAAAUAUAGAACAAUUCGUAAGUACGGCAAUGGUCCAAUUAAGAUUAGUUAAUUCACCAUCACAUUUCUAUCAAUACCAGUAGUAACUAACUCAAGUGUCGUUCGACACUUCUCCGAGGUAAAUCCUUGUUUCUUUUUUUCCUUCUUUUUUGUAGGCUUUAGACGCUGCUGCAAAGGCAGUCAGAGCUGCUUUCGAUGCAGCGGAGAAAGAAUUGAGGGAAGCGAGAGAAUCAGUUGUCAAAGCGAAAGAGGACUGCAAAAGAAAGAUGUCACUCAAGUGUGAUAACUGUAAAAAUCUCAAAUGCAAACAAGCGGAGAAAGACUGUAAAGGUUUCUUGGACGCUGCUGGCAAGUGGAUUACCAAAAACGUCUUAGCUCCGGUAAAUUUUCGAUAAUAGUUUGUGUGAUAUUUUCAUCAUGUUGGCCUCUAUGUUGCAGAUGUGACAACUAUCAUGUGUAUUCACGAAUACAGUAAAGUCCCUCGCUUGAGCGCACCCCUUGGGACCUCGACUUAAUCUCCCUAGUAACUAGCUUACUUAAUAGUGGCGCGAAAAGAUGUUCUUUUGCGCUAUAGGGGUAGCAUGUAUGUUUAUUUUGGUGGGCAGUUUCCCAGAAAUUUAUAAUGAUCCCAUUUGUGUCAGGACGAACUUUUUCAUGGAAGCGAGAUUGGAAGAAGGCAGAAGAAAAAGGGAAUUUUAUAAAUAAGUAACAAAGAAGUCUAAAUCCAAAGAAAAGACAUUCAGGCAACAGGGGCACGCCCCUGAAAGGCGCAGAUAGAGUUUGGUUGUGUCUAAUGUUCAAUAAUGCCCGCUCUCUUUUUUUUUGGGGGGGGGGGGGCUUAACCAAAGAGUCCCUAACCCAUAAUAGGAAGCGUCUUGUUACUGGAGUAUGUUUCAUUCAAAAUUAUGUACUUUUUACCGAGAUUUUUUAAAAAUAUGAGUAAAAACUAAAAAUUCACUUAUGCGCGAAUCUUGACCAAAAUACUAUGUCAAAAACAAUAUCUCACGAGUGAGAUAUCCUCUCGACACCUUGCACCAUCAUUUAUAUAGUUGUCGCGUGCAUGCUUCGUUGUUUAAACGUACUUCUGCUAAGCGUCGUACAUGUAGCUCCAGCCCUUGCAUCUCAACUGACAUUUUCACGUAUUUUUAAAGAUUGUUUCGUUUUUUUCUCGGCCUCAAAUGUGUUUAGGUCGGAAAAGUCGUCAAGAAAGUUUUCAAGGGCUGGAAGAGGAAGCGCGGACUCGACAAACUACGCAACGACAAUUUUGCCCAUCAUCUUCGGCGGCGUCGUUUUGUCAGUAAAUUAAUCUGUGAAGGAAUUGUUGGAGGAUCUUGCGCAGGUUAGUAAUGUUUCCUUUAAAAAAAAAUUAGCAGACUGCUUGCCGUCCGCCUUUUUUCUUAGAAUCCGUUCAGUUCUUAUCCCAGCUUGGGACGUUACAAUAUGGGAUUAGGACGCUCGCGUGCAUAGGUUACGCGUGGAGUAACUUUGGAAAGAAAAAUAAUAGACAGUUGCAGCCAAAAAAAUUAAUGUUUGUAGCGACAGCCACUGUAAGUGUACUUUUGUUUGGGAGAAUGCAAUGUGAGAUUAUUGAUCUCAAAUUCUUUGGACUCGUUAAGACGAAAGAAACGAAAAUUCGGAAACAGUGAGCAGAGAGGUCUUACGCUUCGCUUUCACGACAUAAAAAUCAAUCCGACAUUUGUCCCGGGUGGCGGGAACGCCCCACUCACUGGAAGCUGGAAGGAUGCCUUAUUAAACAGUCACAAGAAGCAUGAAAUCACUUAUUUUUUCGGAAUUAAAGGUUUUGAUUGCCAAGACAAAAAACUGCAAGGACUGGAAUGCCGAUAGCUGGGAGACUCGAUGCAGCAAAUAAAAUUAUUCACCAGAGUCAAGACUUACUAUUUUUGUGCAUAGUCAGAUCAAGAGGGAACCGUGGAGGAUAUUUUCGCUAAAGUUAUCUCGUUAAUAUAGAAUUUUGAAAAAAACAAAUGCUGAAAAAGUUGUUUAAUUCUUCCACAUUUCAAUUUUUGGGCGAAAGUUUGUACUUACUACGACUCGUGCAAGGUAUUCAUCUCUCCUGUUGGAAAAUUAGGCUGCAGGCUUUCAAACGGUAUGGUGUAAGAUUUGAUGGCUUGUUCUUGAUAACAAUACAUAUGGGACACCCGUGUUUGUUUUCAGGCAUCGCUCAUCUUUGUGAAGGAACGUGUAAGUUUGUAGAAGCUAUCGGCAAAGGUCUCUGCAAUGUUCUGGAUGUGGCGGUUGGUUUCUUGUACUUAACCGAAAAGGCGACUGCGUGGGUGGGUGCCGCAAUCAACUUCCUCCUCACCGCUUUCAGGGUACACAGGUAGAUGUAUCAAGAUUUUUUCUUAUGACUUCCUUCCUCUUUAGAGCAUUAGAUUAUUUUGGUUUCCGUUUUUAUAUGCCCACUACAGUGGUACCUCUGCUUUUGGAACACCUCUCUUUAAGAGACACCUCCAUCCAUUCAGGGAACACGUUUGGUCUCGGUAAAACGUCCUCUCUUAUACGCUUAAUAGACACGUCCAUUUAGGGGAAAAGAACACUUUGUCUGGGUACCGUAAUCCCGCUUUAAGUUCCUGUAAAGGAACAUCAAAGAUUUAACGUGCCCCGGUUCCUUGGGUGUCCCGUAAAUAUAUCCCUCUUUUUCUACUUCUGCACGACAGCCUCUGUCCUUGUACGCCCAACAUCACGUAGCAUCGGCUUUCUCUACUUUCAUUAGAAAAAACUUUACGACUGGUAGUGCAUAGCAACAUAACAAAGAUAUAAAGUCUAAAAGCGGCGCUCUCAUAGGCGGUGUAUCAGACAUCAAAAGGAGGGUUGUACAGUCACGUGAUACCAUUUUUUUUUAAACUCACGGUGCUCCACGUGCGGUCGCUGAUAAGACAUGACUUAAAUUUAGGAAAUACCCUCCUUUGUAGGGCUGAAAGAGGCAACACAGAAAAGUUACCAGGGGUUAAUGAACAACCACUUUUACUUGUUAACUGUGAUAAUUAAAAUUUAGGUAACAGUUAGCCUUUCAAUCAAGAUUCGAAGCUGUGAGAAGUUUUAACGAUUUUUCUACCAUGACCAUAUCAUCAGUAGUUCCCCAUUAGGAAACGUUCAAUGCUUAGUUGGAACAGUAGUGUGGCCAACGGCUUCGAAAAGAUGAUGAUCUCACUAGUUUUGGACACCCUGGUCAGUAGUCUAGCUGGAGUUCGAGCCUGGUGCUCACUCAGCAAACCUGCAGUUUACCAACAGUUCUUUAUGUCCCAAUAGCAUCGUCAUUGAGUUUGGCUUGGCAGCAUACGCUGGUGGAGGCUUCCCAGACGUGACUUUUGCCGCGGGUGUAGAUAUGACCAUAUUUGGAAAAAACCUUUACCUCUCCAUCGCUCUAAAACUGAGCAGCCGGCAGUCAAUUAUAGACAGUCUUUUAACGGGAUCGGAUAGUGCCACUAGUUGGUACAAGGACAAGAUGAACAAAGAGAAUCCAACAGACACUUCAGAGAACUAUUACGAUAAGCCGAACCCUGCUGUUGACUUCCAGCUUUCAGGUAAUAUUUCGGACACCAUAAUGGAUGUUUUAUAAAAUAUUCAAACAUCAAAUGGAUUAAAAACAAACAAACGAGGCACUGCCAAGGUUUUAAAUUGAACUGCAGGUGUUUCUUAGUGGUAAUGCAGGAUUCGACAGAGAUUUUCUUUGUUUUCUUUUCAUAAAUGACUGAGGUUUUAGAAGUACAACUUCAACAGUAUAGCAUAAUGUAUGCAUGGCUGGUGGAACUGCUGGCGCUGCCUUCAGAAGAGAAAUAGUUUACAAUAAGCAAACUUAAAUGUACGAAGCACCUUUUUAUAAGUGCAUAAGCGAAACAAUGUAGGCUACAUUCAGUAUUUAUAAUGACCUGUAGAUACAACACCCAAUGAUGGAUUACGGUUACGAUUUCUAAUCAUUCUGAUCCUAGAACGUUCACUCCACUGUCGAGAAAGAGAUUUUGGAGUUGCUACUUUCAGGUGUACAAUCUAAAACACGCAUUAGGAGAAACCUAUUUCUCCGUAGUUUUGUAAAAUUGAUGACUCUAAAGUUAAGGGACUCAAAGAAGUAUAUUGCUCAUGUCUCCAUUUCUAAACGACCGACCUCUUUCAACUUUUAAGAACACUUCAUGAUUGAGAAUCAACAGUCAGCCACAGACGACAGAUAUGGACCUUGUCUUUAUGUGGACAUCAAAACAGAAGGUAGCUACAUUAAAGUGACGGGAUGCAAUGACACGGACGAUAGACAGACCUGGUAUUAUACACCGAAAGGGCAAAUUAAGGUAGGAAAUUUCUUGCCGAAAAAUACGUCUGCUAAAAAGGCUGUAGGUUAAGUUAGAGCUCCUUCUGAGCAGAGCUUUUAUUUCGCGUGCUUGAUUUUGGCGUAUCUGCGUGAAUCGAGUAAGAUCUUCGUUGUGCAUGAAAUGAAUGUUGAUAGGAUACAGUUUCGAACCCAGGCCUAAUAACCGUGCGUUUGGUACAGCGGUCUCAGUUAUAAAAAUCGUUUUAUCACUGAAUAAAAAGAUGCACGCACUCGAAAAACUACUAGUUUGACAGGAGAAAUCAAGAUUGAGUAGUCCAGAGGUAUGGGCUGCGGCGACUUCAAUGGCUUGAGUCAAUUCAGUCAGAACUGAAAAAAAUAAAGAAGGCUGUGCUAGUCGGAUGUUAAGCCUGAGUAAAUUUUGCUGCUGGGAAAUGAGCGUAACAUUCUAAAUCCUUAAAGGUGUCUCCAUUUGUCGUUGCUUCGUAGAAUUUGUAUUCGGAGUUGUGUAUUGACACGAACGGAGCAUCCCAAGGCUCCAAGUUGAUCCAAAGCAGAUGUGACCAUAGGCAAGAUGAUCAGAAUUUCCAGUGUGAUCUUGCAGUUAGGUCCAUCAAAAGACGAAGAGCUGAUAUGUGCUGGACUCUAGGUCAGUGUUUAUUUAGCUAUUUGCAGUUCGCAUCCAAAAUUUUCCCCUGUUUCUUUUGGCUAUCAUCCUUUUCUAUGUUCAAGAACAAAAAAGAUUUAUAUUUUGAAACAUACUAGGUUAGUGAAACUGUUUUGUACGAUCACGAUACCACUGCUAAAUACUCAUUAAUCAAUCUAUUCAUUUAUUUAUGGACAUUUUAAUUAAAUAAUACUAUACUGUUGAUAUAAUAUAAUGUGUUAUAUACUGUAUAUACUUUAUCAAGAAUUUAUUUAUUUGAUUUAUUUUCUUGUACUCAAUAUGCUUUUUGGUUUGUUUUUUGUUUUGUUUUUUUGUUUCUAGUAGCAUUAAUAUUUCUUUCUCUUUUUUCACCUUCCCCCGCCUCGAUCAGAUUUUUCUAUUUGCGGGGGAACAUUAAACAUUAAACUCUGUUGUAUUGUUGAUGCGUUGCUAAUAAAGUUUGUUGUUGUUGUUGUUGUCGCAGUUUUCAUAACAACGUCUAAACCUCGUAUUUUUGAUUGUUUAGGAUCAACAAGUGUGAAUGGACCAGGCUCCUUGGUUCACUUUGGUUCCUUAAAAUGCAUCCGUCCAGUUGGAGGAGGUGACAGUGUAUCUGAUGGAGAAAGAAUGGAACUUUAUUCUAGUUGUAAUAUGGACCGGUACGUAAACCCUACACCCUAUUAAUGUUUAUUUUUUUAAAAAAAGGGAGAGUCUUGGGAUUUUCAAACACUGAGUAUUAGAACGAGUUGAAGCGGUUAUUGUAUCCUCCAAAACUAUGGGCGAAUCUUUGUUGACAUUUUAUGCCUACUAAAAGUCUGCUUAUCAUUGUCUGACCAAGCUAUGAAAAUAACAACUCUCAAAAUUAAUUAAUUAUCUCUUAAAUCAAGAUUCUGAUAUUACGAAUGGUUUUGGAAAAAUUUUACAAAGAAGGUAUGAGCGUGAGUUUUUCUACCCAGCAAUUUUGUAGUUUUUGAUUGCUGCCAUUUCCUUUGUUACUGCUUUCAAAGAGCUUAAAAUUGCUUAACCAUGCCAGCUUCUUCAACUUUUGAUCCUAUCAUGUAUGUACGACGACGCCUUCUAUACGCCACUUGCAAAUCUCCCAUAAUGCACCUUAUUUGCCCGCCAAAAUUUUGCCUAACCUUUGUUUUUUAUUUCUCCUGGGUAUUACAGCCAUCCCAAGAGAAUUCGAAUUGAAAAUUGGAAGUAGUGGGCACAAAAAAGAACGGGGCGCGCUAGGGAGACACGCGAGGAAAGAGGGAGCGCCUGCCCGAGAGGCCCAUGAAAAUCGUUUCAACUCGCUUUCCGAGAAUGCGGAAAUUUUCUAUUGGUUGAGAGUCUGUUAAGGGGAUAAGUAUUCGCGUUAGGCGUGAAAAACUGUGAAUCAAAGAAAACACGAGAUCGCUGGUAAACAUGUAAUACAUGGAUAAGGUACAAUAUUAUAUUACACCACUAAAUGGCAUAAUAAAAGUUCAGAUCUUGGAGGUCACUUCAAUAUGGUUCAGUGGGACUAUGUGGCUGUAAUCUAAAAGAAAAGUUGGAGUGUUCCAGCGGUAUUUACGAAGGAAAGAUUUGACGGGCACCAAGGACGCAUUAGUAGGAGUAGCGACAGACAAAAGAUCUGUCGAAUCGUUGAAAAGAAGAUCAGAGGCAAUAAUAUUCUUUGCUAAUAGAGAACGGAACGCAUGCCAUCAAAACCUGGACAGGAUUGAUGAAAUGAUACAUAUACCGGGGGCAUUAAUUUGGAAAACCUUUCGCUAUUGUUAUUAUUUGUUCGAAGGCGACUGACGUUUAGAUAUCGCUUCUGCAGCCUUUAAAAACGUCUCGGUACAGUUUGUCCGCUUAAAGUUAAAGUCCUGCUUAGUAAGACAAGUCUGCUUCAAAAACGACUGCUAUAUUGCGCAGCAAAAGCAAUGCUCCUUUUUCACGUACGCUGCGAUCUUCGGUGUCUGUGCAGUUGUGACUCUGUAAUCUGAGAGAAUAAUAUUUAACUUUUUAUAAUACACAGCCUGCAUUAUUUGAGAAAUACCCAUUUUUGACCCUGUUCUUCGUAUUAAGUGUGCCCGUGGUAAAAAAAAAAAUUAAAGCUGUGUGUUAACAGUCGGUUUAUUGCUCCAUCGCUCUAUCAUCAGAUAGCCCACUAGCUGAUCUUUAUAACAGAUAUAUUAAGACCUAGGAUAUAAAUGUACAACGCUUCUUGGCUGAACGAUUUGUUUGUGCGAGGUCAAUCGGGCCUCUCGGGCAGGCGCUCCCUCUCCCCUCGCGUGUCUCCCUCUCGCGCGCCCUUUCUUUCUUGAGCCCAAAUACUUCCAAGCGCCUGCUACGCAGGCUAUUGUAAACAAUGCUUGUGCAAAAUUUUGGGUGGCAAAUAAGGUGCAUUAUGGGAGAUGUGCAAGUGGCGUAUAGUUUUUGUUUUAGAACCGUGCAAUUUGAAGCUAGGGCCGCGAUGCAUCAAGCUACUAACACGCAGGCCUGACACGAGCCACUUCAUUCUUUGUAAACAAACGUUUCUCCAAAAUUGAAAAAUUUCAAAUUGUUUCAUACCCCUAUCAGAGUGGAGUUUAAAUUAGACAGUGGUAGCUGGAUCCACACCAAGAGUGGAAAAUGCGUGCAGCCAGUGGCAGCAGUAACUGAUGGCGUUCCACUUGGUUUGUACUCGUCAUGUGGCGGUCAUCAGUUUAGUUUUACAACUGGAGGAUCAUUGCAGCACGUGGGUAGUAAGAAAUGCGUCAAUACUAAAUCAGGGGUGAGUUUUAGUCUUGAAAGCGCAAUUUGAAGAACCUUAAAAGAAUCGCAAUUGUUUAUUAUCGAAUGUAUCCAUUAGAACGAAAUUUAUCGUAUGAUUGCUUGGUUUAUCGUUUGUCUUACAGUAAUCAAUAAUUGAUAUUGAUUACGUACGCACAGGGACGUCAGUUGAUAGCAUCUGUUAGCUGUGCGGGACUAUUAGAAGCACCGUGGCUGUUUCUGAAUGGUGUAUUACAAUCCACACUAAUGGUUGCCGUUGGUUGAAUUCGGUUAUUCUUCAUUCUUGAAAUUGUUCCCUGUAGCUCAGCGUUCAUCAGUGGUAGUGAUCGACUGUUGUCUUGAUCCAUUCUCGACCCCAGGGCUUACGGGUUUGGGAAUGCGCGCGUGAGCUCUGGAAAACUCUGCGCCGGAGUAGCCAAACUCUGGCUAUUUGGGCCUCAUAGCGCAUGCUAUUUAAUCAAACCAAAACUUUUUGCUUCUUUUAUAUCUACUUCAUCCCGAACGUCUUGUGCCGCUUCGGUAUUAGAACUGAAGAAAUUCAGUUAACGGGCCCUGAAGAAUUUUCAGGUAUCCAAGGCUCUUGUGGUAGUUGCUUAGAAAAUACCAUUAAACGUUCCCAAUCACAGAGUUUGCAUAUGCUUGACAUUUGAUUAAAUAUUUCUGUGGACUACUUCACGAGGCGGUAAGUGAAACCCGAAUGGCUUGUUAAGAUAAACGUAUCGAAAUUCCAAUAAAACUUUCCAAAAUAUGAAUUUAGCGUCCUUUUAUUUACGUUUGUUCGUGAACAUUAACACUUCAGCGAAGCUGCUUUGAAAUGCGAUAUCGUGGGAAAAGAAGACAACUACAAAUAUCUAGUCGCAUCGUACACACAUCACUUUAGGGAACGAUUUACUUUGUCGGUGUUUUUUUCCCUGUAAGUCUGUUUUUGGACAAAUUACGACAAGAAGCUCAAGUUUUCAUUCAUACUCGGCCACUUCGUGUGAAUAUGAUAAGUGACGUGGAAGUCAAAGAAAAAUCAGUAAUGAGUCAUGCUUCUUAAAUGAUAGCUGGCAAAGAUGUCGGUGUAUCUUCUGAUUAAUUUAAGCGUGUAAUUGAUCCAAAAAUAACUUGUUGAAAUUCACAAAUCCCAAGGGCGAGACUAGGCGUCUCCCUCUCUAUCCCAUUAUUCUCUCUUGAAGUCUAUUUGAGGACGCUAUUAAAAAAGUUCUUAUUUGGAGAACGAGUAAAUAAAUAGCAGUUUAUGAAACGAGGCAUUUCGGCAUCGUUGCAAGUAACAAAAGCUAACGCUUUAACACGGAAUCCACCGGGAAAUUGAGAAAAUGAAAUGAAUGUCAAAUUUCACAAAAUUACAUCUUGCACAUGAAAUUUUCACAAUUUUACCUGUGUUUUCAAAAUUCUUGUGAAAUUUGACAUUCAUUUUCUCGGACUCCCAUGAGAAAUUUCUUUGGUGUUAUUACAGAUGAAAUAAUUACAUCUUUAGCCCCUGGAAAAUGUAAAAAAAGAAUGCAAUAUUCUUGAAAUUAUUCUGGUACAAGGCUUUUGUCCACUGAAAAUUACUCAAUUUCCUCGCAGAUUCCGUCUUAAUUUCUUUUACACGCAUGUUUUAGCUUGAAGACCGAUCUUGCCUUUCAUAAUUUGAUCUUUUUAAAGCGAGCCUUUUUACGUUUCAAGUCCCUUAAACCAUGUGUACGAUGAUUAUUUUACUCUCUUACGUCACUAGGCUAUGCUGGCACCAGACUUUGAUGAAAUUGUAUUGGGUGAUAACUGUGAAAACACCGACGCUUCAACCUUUGAGCAGCAUUUGAAGUUCAACUUUAUACCAAGUAAGACACGGAAGUAAAGUUUCACUUUAUACAGAUACGUUAAAGGAACCCGUUUCAAUUUUUGCAGCUAUAGACGGUUUGCACUUUUGUUGGAUGAAGCUUUCUUCUCUCAGACACGGUAAAAAUUCAGAUCCAGUUGCAGAUUUUAAGUCCCCAUAACCCAAAAGUUUUAUUUUUUUUUUUAAUUAAAGUACACAUUACUACGACAACCUCUGCGGAAAAACCGUCAUUUGCGAUUUGAACAUAACGUGAAUUUUUUUGAAGCGUUCAAAUUUGCCGCCAUUUUGACACUUCAUUCGUCCAGCGUCAAUAUUAUCCUGAUGCAACAUUGGCUUUUUGUUCAAGAUGAAGACCCCGUUUACUACGGGUCCGAACAAAGUUUUGAAAGGGGCCGACGGAACCGUGUAAGUUUUGAUCGGCAAAGUGUGCAAGAUCAGAAGUAAUGCCAAUUUCUCUUACCGGUACGGUUCCACUUUCACGAGUACUCACCUAGGUAGUACUCACCAAGACCGUGCAAAUUUUGUCACAGUUUGUGCAGUAAAAUCCUGGAGCCUACGUUACUCGCCCUUGAUAAAAAAAAAAGUCAUUUCAAUGGAAAAAAUUCCUACGGACUGGUGUAAACAAUGUAACAGAAUUUCCACUGUUCCGUGUAAACGGGUUGCGCGAGUAAAACAUUUGUCCGUUUAAGAUUUGUCCUGGACCCGUGUAAUUCGGGGUCUGAAGGACUCCCUAAGGCGUCCUUUAACGAUCAAAAAACUUUUGUGGCUCUACCUUAAGUGAAUCUCUUUGUUAGGGUUUAUGUAGUGAUAAUACGAUCGAUGACUUGAUCGCUGAGUGUAAAUGGCCAGCUAAUGACAGGUAUUUUUUGGCUUAUAAGUUUUAAAAUCUGCGUUGUAGUUCUAAACAUCCCAUUGUCAUUUUCUAUCCAAAGCUGAUCCUACUGUACGCUUGGACAAGUGCACGUAUUUUAAUGCUGCAACGCGAAGACUCGACCAGAGGUUUGAAGUGGUAGACGAAUCUGUUGUCAGCAUUUGUACCAAGUUCGACAAAAGUAAGUCAGUUUGCAUUAACGGCCGCUUACUUUAAAGGUUAUCUUUCCUCGUAAGCUAGUAUGACGAACGUAUUCAGCCCUCCUCUCUUGUAUUUGCAUUCCUCACCUCGAGGUCUUUAAUCGACUGGUAAUAUAAUGCUGGCUUGAUUUAAGAUCUUGUCUCAUUUCAAGUAAUGACGUCUUUCAAAUUGGGCAGUAAUGUUAAGUUCUUGGCCAGCUUCUUAGCUUGUCAUCCCCUUGAAAGGGAGUACACUGUGACUGGCAGUGCGAUUGUAUAUUCAAGAUUUCAUCUUUUGUCCACUCAACAGAUCUUGCUUUAAAGAAAACGACAGCGCAAUCCAGUACUGAUUACAAUGGCUUCAGCAGCAGGGCAGUAGAUGGAAACUUAGGUCCUUAUUAUAGCAGUAAAUCCUGCACGCACACCAAGAAAGAACAGUAUCCAUGGUGGAGGGUUGACCUUGGAAGGGAGUACAUUGUCACAGGUGUGUGGUGUAAGGCUAUGUUCACCGAACUAUACUGGAUAGAUUUUGCGCUGGCACGAAAACCAUACAUUAUAGGCCGGGGCUACUGUUCAACAUAAUAACGGUAAUUUCUGCGCUAUUUCUGUAAAGGGGUGAAGUUGCGCCGCGCGGAUCUCUAAAGUGGAAUCACAGUCACAUUUCGGAAAAGUGUUCACUAGGCACGAAUGCCUAUGAUCGGUUAUAGUGUUAAUUUUUAGAGACAAGCUGCGAUGCACAACAUAACGAUGGAAUUCAAAUAAAUGCGUAGCUGGUCUGAAAGUUAAAAUAAAAAAUAACCCUAGUUAAUAGGGACCCUUUUUAUCCUUCGCGCGGUACGAUUUGUCAAGAUUUCUCGCCAGAUGUGGCAAUGGCACUGUGUCAUCUAUGUUUUUUGUGUUAUCCUAACCGUUUCUUUAGAGCAUGAGGUAGUCUAAUGCCAUGGGUACAGUUUAGCCUUAUCCUUGCAAGGAAGCGGUGAAGAAAUAAAAAAAUGACCUAGGUAACGGCGCUUACAGUUUGACAAAAGUUAAUUAUUUCUUACAAAAGAAUUUUCACUAUCAGAUCAUAUACUAAACGACGCGAAAGACGUAUGCCCGUCAGAAGAUCCUAUUCACAGCUGAUUUUUCAUGAUUCAAAUUCGAGUUUUUACCCAGCACGAUGUUGAAUGAAUUGUUUGAUAAUUAUUAAGGGCGCCGGGAUAUAAAAUUACAAUUUAAAACUAGUGUUAGUAUUUUUAUUAAUAAAGCAUAAUGAGGCAAAAAAUGCGUGUUUACCUUAAUUUUGCGAUUGUGAGUCAAAAUUUAUUUCUCUUUGCAGACGUGCAGAUCAUCAAUCGUUUUGACUACUACGAGAGACUUAAGAAUUUUGAAGUGAGAAUUGGUGUUAACACAGAUAACGUACAGAAUCCCACAUGUUCUGACCGAGUUACGUCCGUGGGCCAGGGAGCAGCUUUAUCACUUUCUUGCGAUCCACCAAUCCCAGGGCGAUAUGUGUCAGUACAGAUGUUUGGAGAAGGAAUUUUGACCAUGUGUGAGGUGAUGGUGUACUCCAGAGUCGGUAAGUAGCUGAUGUGACGCACAUGGAAGAAGCAGCCGGUUUGUCAAUAUUUUCUGUCAUGAAUACCGACAUAAGUUCAUACCUGGAGAUCUCUUGGUCUAGCUCGGACUGAAGCCUCAUUGAUUGACUAUUGAUUUUAUCUGAAAUAUUUAACUGUUGGUACAGGGUAGAAACAGGGAAGCGUGUCAGUUUCCCAGCCUGUCAGAAAACAUUUUUUUGCGGCGGAAGUAUUCAAUGAUGGUCAAUUGUAUCUUUUAAGGAUUGGUCCAGUGAGGAUUAGACGAAUCCCACGUGUUAAACUACCAGCUCAAAGGUUCCAAUACAAUAUGAAAUAUAUAAAAAUAUAUGAAAGCAUCCUUUGACUCUUGUUCUUCGGUAGGCAGCUCACCGUUUAAGUUGUCUCACUAGUCUGUGUCUCCUCGAUCUAGGUUCCUUGGCAGACCUAUGCCAGCUUGAUAACGGCGGCUGUCAACAGCUUUGUUAUAACCUGUGUAACCUGAAAGUUCAGUGCGGCUGCUGGCCUGGCUAUACUCUCGCCUAUGACUCCAAGACCUGUAUGGGUAAGUGUUGAUUAAGACUCAAGGCACUCGACUUUCUCAGUUUCGAUUUUUACUGAACUUGAAAAUGGAUGCGGACCUGCAAACAAAAUUUCAUAACUGUGGAUAAAAUCCCGAUAUUUAGUCAGCUUCUUUUUAAAUAAUAUGUAAGGCUAAAUAAUAAUACAGUAGGGGUACUCUUUUCAGGUUAGCAGGUUAGCUGUGAAAGGAGGGCCUAUUUUUCCUUAAACUGAAUUAUUUCAUAAUGACGCUGACCUCCAAAGUCGAAAAGAUCAUUUUCAAAACCCAACGCGGAAGAUCUUUAUUUCAUCGUUAAUUACUAAAAGCAAAGAGAAAGCAAUUCUUUUUGGUAAAGAGAAAAGUGAAUGAAUUUUUAGUCAUGAUAUUUUGUUUGUGAAAGGUUUGAACCCAGGAGUCAUUUCAAAAGUAGGUUGAGUUUGAUCGUCCGGGUGAACGUAGUCCUGAAUAGGACUGUUGUUGUUGACAGUGACUAACGUUUCGACAACCUGUGCGGUAGUCAUCUUCAGAGUCAAAGUGAGUUGUAUCACGUCAGCUGAUGGUAUUAUACUCUGGUUAUUGAUCUGAUUGGUCAAUUACGUCGCGAUGUUAUUGGUCGUCAGUCAGUUAAGCCGUGAUGUUAUUGGCGAUGAAGACUCGUAAUCAGUAAUUGGUGCGUUUCGAUCCGUCUAUUGUCACAGUUAAACAGUCGUCUAUUGUUAGUCAAAUUGUCAGUUCUCCAGUCGUUCUCUCGUAGUUAGUUUUGCUUGAUCUCGUCAAUAAGUCUAACUACUAUCAACGUCUUACUUUAGAAAGCUGAUUUACUAACUUAGAACAAACGCCACUGAAUCGUAGCCAACAGUCACCUGCGCCGUGGAAACGACUUACUUUUGACAUUUUGUUUGUGACGCGAUUCGCCGUUACUUGCAGUAUCCAAGAUUAUGUGACAAUAUAAUAUUAUGGUUCCGAAGCAAUGGCGGUGACAAUUCGAAACAGUCUUGUAGGGUAAAAAAUGUUCUCUUUUAGUGGGUCUUUGGUCUUUUUCUCGCGGCCUAGAAUUUCUUUCCGUUUUUAAAAUUUUUAGACAAAGACGAAUGUCAGUCUAACAAUGGAGGUUGCGAUUACGUACGUGGUUUAUGUAUCAAUACACCUGGAAGCUACCACUGCGCAUGUAAACAGGGAUAUGAACUCAAAGAGAACAGUGAAUUCGAGUGUGAAGGUGAGAAACAGCGGCAUAUUUGUUCCUUGUACAAUAGUUAUUUUCUGGCUCCCUACACUUCACUUUGUACUACAGCAGAGCAAUUAUUUUUAUUUAAAUGGUAAAUAGAAAUGGUUGUCUAGCUGCUUCGAAUUCAGGGUAUCACCUCUUAUCUAGCUCUUCUCUUGGUGCCUUGAACAUUGCAUAUUUCUAAUGUGACUUUCUUUCAUUUCCCUCCUGCCAUUUCCUACCUCCCGCUAAGUUGGAGCCUUUCAAUCAGUUCAAUAAAUUUCAUUUUGAUCAAGCGUGCUACGACAGCACAACUUGAGUGUGUUUGCCUAUUGGGGUAAUUCAUCCAUUAAACACAAAGAAACCAAGGUGUUUUACCAUCUACAUAUUCGGCAAACCGGUAAGUUUACGGUUUGGGUAAUGGUAAGUAAAAUUUAGGACUGGUAAAUUUCGUCGUGGAAUGGCGUUAAUCAUUUGUAGAAAUCUUUUUCAUUUACCGAAAAACUGCCACGAAGGCCUGAAACCGGCCUGAAACCGGUAUCAGAGAUAUUGUAGCUUGAAGAAAUGGAACACGAAUAUCCGUUUGGAACAUUCCGUGUAGGACGCAUCUUUCAGAUGUUCCGUUGUUCCCCGAAAUUUUCCAUUGCAACGACUUAAAAAAAGUGUUCAGUUUGCUUUCCAACUGGAUUCUCCGGAAACCUUUUUUGUGAACGCUUAACAACCUAAAUUAACCCUUGCUUAUACAAGUUAAUUUUUUUAUCUUUCAGAUUUUAACGAAUGCACCUUGAGUAACGCUGGAUGUGAACACGUGUGUAAUAACACAGGUGGAAGUUUCAACUGUGAUUGCAGGGCCGGCUUCAAACUGAAACCGGACAAGAGAGGUUGCGAAGGUAACGGUGAUCUAAGGUCUGAUAAGGAAAUACAAUAUGUAAACCCAAAUAUAGCUAAAGGAAGAAGGACCAUUCAUUGUCUUUUGUUUACAUGCUCCAUGCAUGUGAGAACGCUGCAUAAGGUAAUUUCACGUCGUAGUCGACGAGUAGUGACAAAGAAAUUUACAAGAAAGCGUGAUGUGCGUGGAGAGUUGUUGUUUUGCUUAUCAAACCUAUUUCUGCUUUUGAAGUGCUCGUCGCCAUCGUUGCUAAAGCUCCCUAAUAGUGAGCAAAUGUGGGGAACUCGAAAAAUCUCGUUCUGUUAGUAUCUGGAGUUUGGUCCUUAAAAUACUUUAUCUCCUUUCUUAGACAUUGACGAAUGUGCCGAAGCAGAUAAAGGCGGCUGUGAACACACGUGUACCAACUAUGAAGGUGGAUAUUACUGCUCCUGUAAUGCCGGGUAUCGAUUAAUGGAUGAUGACCAAGGAUGUGAAGGUACCGAGUACAUUGAUAGGUUAAUUCUGUCACCCAAAAGUUUGAACCAUCCAGUACAGCACAAACAGAGUAGAUAUUGUGAGGUAUGAAACCAAAACCUAAGGAAAACUCGACUGGCCAAAAAUGGAGACAAAAAUUGUGAAACGAGAUGACAAGAAUGAGGAAACCAUACCUUCAAAAGGUUUAAAAUGACAACUGUUACUGUCUGCGAAGAGAAGAAAGGCAUGACGCUCAAGAAUUGCAGAAUAACUCUACGUACCAAUGUGUAACUCUACAAAUCAGCUUCUGCAUUGUUAUGUUGACUCAUUUCAUCAUUUUCAAUACGGUUACAGUUCCCUACUUUGAACAGCGUUGCCUUGCUAAUUUGCGAAUAAAAGUUGUGUUUGUUUGUUUGUGCGUGGCGUUUCCUUUUUUUUUUGUACUUAACGCUUUUACGUACCAAUCUUUUCAAAGAAAUUUACUGUCCUGCUCUGGAAGCUCCCUUCCGUGGCUCCAUCACUCCCUCAAGCUGCACAGACGAGAGAGCGAACAUCCGGCGUACCACGGUUUGUACCUAUGGUUGUGAGACUGGACAUUACGUUACAGCUGGGGAUAAUUCACUGACCUGUCAAAUCGACGGACUUUGGCAAGGAACUGUGCCCUAUUGUCAACGUAAGUAUAACAGCUGCCUUGUGACAAAGGGAAAGUUGUGACGUGAUUUUACCUCCCUGUUAGCAGGUUUAGGGCCUGACUACAUGAGCCUGGCUGGUCCCGUUACCAAGGCUGACUUAAUUUGCAGGGGCACAUAAAUAAAACACAGCAAAAAUGCCAUUCGAAAUUAUACGCCAAUGGAGCCAGCCGGUUUAGCUGGAAUCCAGGAAUUGUGAUGCCUUAUAAUUGGUCAGGAAAUAGACCUUAUUCACUAUACCCGCCAUCUUUGCACGCGCUUUAGGAUUGAUGGGAUAAAAGCAAUGUCACGUGAUAUUUCAGGGGACAAACAAGUGAUAGCAUUUGCCAGCACGAGUUAUCCGGUCGAGGUUUUUCUAUAUUCUCACAAAACGAGACGACCAUUUAAUAGUCAUGCAAAAAGUGGGGUUCUGUUCGAGUCUCGUUGCGAUAAGAGAAUAAUGCGGUGUGUAAAGCUCAUAAGAUGUCCAAUCUGCUUCACCCGAUGUUACCUAAUGCUAACCGUCAUGUUAUCAUGCUCGCCAGCAAUCUAAACAAGCAACAGGAAAGCGUGUAACCGAAACAUUGCUCAUGCGCCCUGCUUUAAAUCUGUCUGUAAACCUGGCGGCUUCGAGCUGGAUCGCUUCAAGUAUUAUCGGGAUAAAGGUCACCUGGGUAAUCCGGCAAUCCAGGCAUGGCAUUAACUCCAAAACUUGAAAAGGAUUAUUGAUCUAACGAUCCUGUGAAAAAAAAAAUUCUUGCAUAUAAUUCGUAAGAAAAUACGAGCCAUAAAAAAAUUAAAAGUAUCUGGGUAACAAAAGAUAAUAAGCCGAUAUAUUAUUUGUAAAAUUCUGAGUUUUUACCAGCUUUCCUCGACCCUUAAAUUUACAGUUCACAGAUGAAGACGUUGCUUGUUAUCUUUUCUUAUUUCCGUAUUUUAAUUGUUUCUCCAUUUAUAAAUUCUCUUAUUUUCCUACUUCUUGUCGUUCCCCCGAAGUGCUCCGCGAGGUCCUGCGAUUCACGUAUUUCUAUUUAGUCCAUAAGUACUAGGUACAGAAGGUGACCGUCUUCAGUUGUCAGUACUUUAUAAAACAAUGACACAUUAAAACUUGGAAGGUUUUUUUUUUACCUUUAGCGGUUGUUUGCCCGAAACUUACUGUACCAGACAACGGUGGGGUAGUUCCAUCAUCUUGUUCUCAAACAGACGUCGAGUAUGGCACACGCUGUGUUUUCUACUGCGGUGAUGGGUAUGCGCUGAGAGGUCCCAGAUACACUACGUGUCAGAACGACACAAGCUGGAGCGAAAUCGGAGCAUUGUCCUGUGAGAGAGGUAAAAAGUUUCAUUUGAUGUAUUCGAUGUUUAUAAUGUCUCAUACAGCCAAUUAAACAAACUCAUAAUGAGGUCUGCAGAGAAACACGUUGAUUGGUCGGGAUUGACGUAAAUGCUGGUUAUUACUCAUUGUGUCACUCUUUCUGGGCGGAAUGGUCAAAGUUAUAAGAAAACUUAAAAUAGAAGGUUUGGUUUUAUUGUCACACUCAGGCAGUCUCUAAAUAAUGUAAUUGAUCGAAUGAUUGUACACAGUUUUAAAUGAAAAAAUAAUAAUAAUAAUAAUAAAACAAGCCUUAACUAUUUUUUAACUUUCAACAGUGUACAAGGACCCGUGGAUCGUGUGCCCAAUCGAUAGAGUAGAAGAACUUGAGCCAACCAAGUCGACAGUGGUGCUAGGCUAUAAAUGGCAGCUUCCAAGAACGAACAUGAUUAACGUUGUUGUGUCACCUAGCAACUACAAUGAGAAUUAUACCUUUCCUGUAGGCAGGCAUCGUGUCACGUGGACAGGCACUAGUGACAGUGGAAUACAAAAGAGUUGCAGUUUCCAUAUCACUGUUGUUGGUGAGAAAUUGCUUCAUGCACGUCUUAGAUUUAGUUUUAGAUUUACCUUUAGACACUAGAGGGGGUCGACGCUAGAGAUUGUUACUUACUUAGCUCUUUAAGUGCCAAGAGUGAUCAACAUCUGUUUUCUCCCAACAAUGUCAAAGUAGAAUCAGGGGGAAAGGUUAGAAGGUUCAAUAAAAUGAUCACCUACAGGAAAACUGUGGAUCUUUAUAUAAAUUCUCUUUACUCAUUCUUUAACCCUUUCACUCCCAGAGUGCUUGAUGGAGCCGAGUUUUGUGAGGUAACUCUAACUUUUGAGUGUGUGGACGAAACCCUAUGGAGUGACCAUUCAAAUGAAACUUCUCUACCUGUACUUACACAUGGUGCUACUUGUUUUUCAAGAUUUCACAAAAUGAAAUUUGGGAUUUUUUGUUGAAGUUUACCUUUGGCCACAUUCGGCAGUGAAAGGGUUAACAAAAUGAAUGGAGAUCAGCUUUAAGAAUUUGUAUGUGGAUCAGGGGGUUGAAAGGGGUAAUUUUUUACUUUCGUCCCGUAGUCAGAUCAGUGAAAAUGAUACCGACCGGGUAUGUGGCUUUAAUCCUUAUCCAAGAAGAUUAGAAGGAUUAAUAAUUUACUGACUGGUGUGGAACAGUAGGCAGCACCUUUCGCUUCUUACUUUUAAGGUCUUGAGUCCCACCCAGAAUCAAACCAAAUCCCUAGCCUUGGGUCCACCCAAAUGAGCUAACCAGUCGGAGGUUAAAGAGUGUAUGCCUUUCUGGGAAUAAGAGUGAUUGUGCAAAUAGCCAUGUAUGUGGCCGGUCCCCAACAUAAUUUUCUAUUUUAAAAUUUGGCGCACCGUUUGCCCGAACUGGAAGCCAACAGUUUCCUUAUGUCAAUGUGGAAAAACAUUAAGUUAAGUUUAGAGGUUUUAAUUGAUCAUUUUAUUCUCCUAGACGUGACUCCUCCCACGGUGCAGAACUGUCCUUCUAAUAUAACUGAUCGCAGCAACUCACUACAAAAGGACAUCACGUGGACAGCACCAACAUUCACCGAUAAUGUGGCCGUGGUAAGCGUAUUGUCCAAUCGCGAGCCUGGAUUCACCAUGGAUACUUACACAUCACUAACAGUGCGAUACACGGCUUCUGAUGCGGCAGGAAACAUUGUUUAUUGCACUUUCAUCAUCACCUUGGAAGGUAUAGCAGCAAUAAUGGGUCUUCACUCUACCAUGUCAUUUUUAUCCAUCACGUCAAACGUCGCUUUUCAAAGGCCUCUCUUAAUUUAUCUUAUAGUGGGUUCAACCCUUUACGUCCAUGAGUGAAAAUCAUUAAUUUACGCAACAACUCUCUCAGCGCUAUCCACUGGAUAAAUCUCUGUCCAGUGGACAAUGCGAUUGUUUUUCUAUAAUAUUAAUAAUAUGCGAUUGUUUUUUUAUAAUACCCUGAGUAAUACUCUGGGUCGCAUAGGUAUGUUCGGUCUAUAGCUUCGGAAUUCCAUACAUGCACAGCUAAGAUGGCUGCAGGACACUACAUCUUAGCUGUUGUAACGUCAAGUCGACUUUGACAGUAUUUUUUAUUUCAGUCUAAGCAGGUGUUGGCAAUUAUGCUUGAGUUCAGGGCGGUUGUCGGGUCUCCUUUAGGUUCUUCGUGGAUGUGGUUUUAAUUAACAAGUGUGUCUAUUUUUUGUCGUGGUCGGUCGUUUGUCUUAGUCUUUCUUGUCCAUGACAACGGUCACCCGUCCUUUGUCUGGAGACAGUAUGUCUACGUUAUCGUCGGUUGCCAGUCGUUCCAUUUUCCCUUCGUCUGCAUUCAAGUUGCAGUCCGCAGUCUAUCUCUGUUCUUAGAGAGGCGGAUUGUAAAGUAAACUCUCUUCGUUUAUGAAUAAGGUGAUGAAGGCUGGUUUCCACUUUAAACGGAUUCAAGAGGGGAGUUCAAAGAAAAUGGAAACGUUCUGUUUCUUGCGGGUCCGAUUUAGUCGAGUUUAAAACUCUCUGACCUACCGAGCGCCACUACUCGAAUAAGCGCCGCAUCUUUACAGGAAAUAAUUUAAUAAAAGCGGCGAUGCUACUAUUGGUAUUUACAAAUUAACGCCCCCCCUCCGCCCCCCUUGUUAUGGCGCUUGAUAUAAAGAGAUAUCAAAACCAUAUCGCUUGAGAAAUAAGACUUCGACCAACUCGUGAGUGAUAAAGUUUUGAUGUUGGAGCGUUUCAUUGUGUUCUUUUGUAAACCGCCUAAUUUUUAAAUACGAGUUAGUUCUUUAACUUUAUUAGAUUUUAAUUGCCAUUUCAUGUACCUUUUGUAACAUGGGAUAUGUUUGUUUGUCUUUUAUAUAGACUUAUUAUUAUUAUUAUUAUUAUUAUUUUAUACAACAACACUUUAUUUCAUAUUUACAUACAAAGGAAAAAUUACAAAAAUUGUAGAAAACUAGAAAAAGAAGUAGCAGAGAGAGUUUCAGUUUAAACUUAUACAUAGACGAAUUGCAACCAAUGAUUUUCUAUAAAAAAUAGGAAUUAAACAGUCUGAUUCCUACACCUUCUGUGGAGAAGCAACGGAAAACCUGGUUCACUUAUUUUGAAGCUGUAAAUACUCUAACGCCUAUUGGAAAGACUGCUAUCAAUGGAUAAUGCAAAACACCUCCAAAGUAGAAAAAUUCAACCUCUCGGGAGCUCUCUUAUUUGGCUUAAUUAACGAUGCAAAAGCUUUACUACUGCACCAUUUACUACUUAUUGCCUGGCAUUAUAUCUACACCUGUAAACAAAGAGAUACGCGCCCAAAUGUCCAACUGUACAUACAAACAGUUCAACGUACUGUGGAAAUAGAAACGCAAAUUGCAAAAGACCAUAAUUCUUUAGACACUUUUAAAAAGAAAUGGUCUUUAUUAUUAUUAUUAUUGUUAUUAUUAUUAUAAUUAUAAUUAUUAUUAUUAUUAUUACUAUUAUUAUUAUUAUUAUUAUUAUUAUUAAAAUGUAGGGAAACUCUUGAAAACCGGUUCAUAUAACAGUUCGAGGUGUACAUAUUUUAUACUUUAUUGUGCAUACUCAGUACGCACCUCACUUGAUUCUCUCUAUAUUCCCCUCAGUGUUUCACCCGUAGUUGAAAUAAGCGCCGCACCCAUAACAGGGGAAAUGAAAUAGGCGCCGCGGCUCUUAAUCGAUCAUUUAUGGUAUUCACUAGGUCAUAACUUACUAAUCCCGGAUUGCGACUACGACUUCGACUGCAACUCCCCUGCUAGUGAAAACCCGCCUUAAACUGUAACUCACUUUCACCAGGCCCCGCCUUUAUGCAUAUAUGUUAUUCAUUAACGAACAAACUACUAACUUUUGUUUUUAUUCUUCGGUUUUGCAGGAUCAACUUGCCCAACGCCAACGCAACCAAGUCAUGGUAGGGCGAAUGUUUUUGGGACGUUCCUGCAGCUGAGUUGCGAUCAAGGGUAUUUCUUCAAUCCACAACCACCUGGUUACACAGGCCUGUUUAUAAAUCCAUCAUACAGGUGCGAAGACAAUAAAUGGAUGUCCUUUGCUACUCCGAAAGCCGAAUUGCCUGGAGGAAAACUGGAUUGUAUGAGUAAGUUGAUUACUUACAUUUCGAGGUAAAUCAUAUAAUAUGCCAACAGCGAGUUGUAUGUGGGUGUGAUCCUCGCAGUUAAUAGGCCAUUUGCACGAUCGCAUCACUUUACUACGACUACCAGAAUCCUUCAGGGUUUUACUUUCUUGUGCAAUUGUUAUUUAAACCUCACUGGGAUUGACCAAAUUGAAUAUGAAAGGAAAGACGUGAAGGAUUCUGGUCGUAGUAGUAAAAUGACGUCAUCGUGCAAAUGGUGUAUUGAAUAAUCUAAUACAGUAAACCGGAUAUUUGCGAAAACUUGUUUUAAAAUAACUAAGAUAGUACGCGCGCUCUGAUUGGCCGAGAGGAGUGUUUGCAUGAGAGUAUGUAAACAUGGUUGUGGCGUCAAGUUGUUUGGCUUUUCGCGCGCUAAUCACGCAAGCACAAAUUUGAAAAAGUUUUCGAGUUCAAAACUCAAAAAGUUUACUUUAUUUACCCAUUCCUUCGUCGGCUGAAAUUUGGAAAAUCGCUACAAAGAAGGUGUGUACAUUUUUCUUCGCUUAAGCUGACCGUUUUAAGCGAGAAAAAUCCGUAUUUUGCAAAGCAUCUUUUUGCAAAACAAGAACUGAUUACGCGUGCAAGACUUCGUGGACAAGAUUUUGCGACUGGUAAGAAUUUCUCUUUUAAUCAGUGCCUUACAAAGAGUUUUGCGUUUUUUUCUCGGGAAAGUUAUUUUAUAAAAGCAAUAGAAAACUUUUUUCCUGUGUUUGCAUAGCCUGAUAUAAACACUCGAGGCGUUGGGAGAAUUCUCGACAGUUAUGCAAACCCUCGACUUCGUCUCGGGUUUGCAUAACUCUCUCGAAUUCUCCCAACCCCUCUCGUGUUUAUAUCAGGCUAUGCAAACACGGAAAACGUUUUCUAUUGCUUAACUAAUUAAGCUUAUUAAGCCAGCUGAAGAGCAGGCUAAUCAUGUAUAAACGAACUGGAAUGAAGAUAUGGAAGUGGACGGGAUCCUUGCAGUUGAAUGAACGGUUUAGCGGUUCAGCGGCUAAAAAGAACCUGAGAAAUUGUAAAGGUUCUGUACAACUGCUUAGGUUGUUAAAAUAACCGCAAGGAUCACAUUCUCCCUGAUUUAAUCCAUAGAUGUAAAUGGCAGUGAAAGAAAUGGUAGUUAGAAAUGAUGUUGUUAUUGUUAUUGUUUUAUAGUGCUUUACUACAAGUAAUACACAAAACCAAUUACAAAGGAUACCUGUUGUUGCCACCCGUAUCUGUAUAUCUUUAAUUCUUCAAGGAAGACACUCUCCUUUGUGUCUCACAAGUCGUUAAACGUGUGUGUUAAAAUCCUCCGUCCAUACGUGAACGGUGGUCUGCAAUCUCGUGAGCCGCCGAACGCAUGCGGACACAACCUUGAAACCUAGAUCUGGAAUGGGAAGAUUAUUCUCUAUUUUUUUUUUCCAGAGUACUUGCUAUACAGUGGUUCACCCUGCCCAGCUGGAUCCAUUUUGGUGGAUUACCAAGUAUGCUGUAAGUUAUUCGAUUUUAAUGCAUUCCCGCCCUCAGCGACUUACGUUAAUUCUAAUUCCUAUUCAAGUACAUGAAUUAUAAGUCUUGCUCAAUUGGUUAUUUAUUAACUUUCAGUGAACUGCCCUCCCGGAAGUUAUGGUGACAACGUUACUAACACAUGUAUAGAAUGUCCCAUUGGAUAUUAUCAGGACGUAGAAGGGAAACCAGAAUGUCAGAUAUGUGCCAAGAACCGCUCUACAGCCAUCACAGGAGCCAAGAAUAUCUCUGACUGCAGACGUAAGAAAUUUUCUAAUCAGUCUUUCUACCACAGGAAAUUAUUCACACCUAGCCAGUGUAAAGAGCUCACCCUAUAGGGAAUAGAAGACAUCUUAUGCAGGCUAAGUCCAUGAAACCUAGGGUUUUUUUAUAGGUGUUAAAGUUAGAACCACCUUAUGUGGUAUACUGCCGUUGGAAGUUGUGUAGUGUGACUGUUGUUUCGAGAUAGUUUACUAUAGCCUAACAAGUGCCAACAUAGCAAUCUCCGUAGAUAAAGCAAUUUUUCCGGUAUAUAUAUUUUUUUAAUUGUAAACCUUUGUUGUCUAGUUUAUAUGCUACUCACAGUGUUUACUAAUUUUAACAACAAAGCCUCUCUUGUUUUGCAGCCAUCUGCCGGGCGGGAAAAUAUUCCACCAACAACGGCGUUUGCCCUUGUAAGAAAUGUCCUUUUAAUACAUUCCAAGAGAAUGAACAAAUGACCAGCUGUAAAGCAUGUCCUGCUGGAACUAGAACGUUGUACACUGGAAGUAAAUCCAUUGUCGACUGCGUAGGUAUGUGUAAGAAAGGGUAAACUUUCUAUACUCUCUAACUCCCUGGUACUAAUUCACUGAGGACAAUAAAGGACGCCUAUUGGAGACGGGACCGGCAUCAUGACAACCACGUGAAGGCCUAGUCUUUUGCAGGGAAGAGACAAUAAAACUGUCCCGAGUUAAAAUUAAGUAUUGCUAGAGUUGAAUGGGAUGUUGAGCUCGGAGUACACUUAUAGUCGGGUUCAACACGCUUGAUGAUAAGUCAGAUUAAUUUGAAAUUUCACUUCUAACGCCUGGUCAAAUGGUCAAAAAAUGUGUUUAGAGUCGAUACUUCAAGAUGUUGUGAUGAGUGUGAACUCGCUCAACUUCCAUGCAACCUUUUUUUUUUUCUGGAAAUGCUGAAGGGCUUUUUCCUUUCGCACCUUUUUUGUACUCACAAAAGCGCUGACUGGAGUGCAUGUUUCACUUAGCGUGGUCUCAGAAUCUCAAAUUGGAGAGAUUAAGAGUUUAUAGCAAACUUCAAACGACACGGAUGAUCGUGUGAACAAUUUGAAUUAUCAAAUAAGGAAAUGAGCAGAUUAUUAUGUAUUACUAAAACUGCAAAAAGUCUAUAAAUGAUUCUGUCUCUUCAUCGUGAAUGGAAGCGAAAAGAUUCUGAACUUUUUAGGACCCAUUAAGAAAGAUGUUAACUAUAAGCAGGAAAAGCUAGGAGAAUCGGAUCGGUGCUCCAUAUGGAUUUUUCAUACUGAUUACCUACUGUUACUUACAUUUUGUAUAAAAAGAAAAAAAAAUCAAAAAACAACUGUACUCCGAGUUAAUGGUGGUAUUCAUUUGCUGGUGCUUUUUUUUCUUUCUUUUCUUGAUUUAUUCAGCUCCUGUAGCUAUAACCGAGACUGUGCCAGGUUCAGACUUUUCGGUUCAUGAGAACGAUACCUUCUCCAUAUUGUGCAAUGUCGAGGGAAGUCCAUCACCGUCUGCAUCCUGGAACAAAACAGGCGGUGAGUCGAUACAUGAAACAAUCUUUAUUUGGAAUACAAUCAAUAAACGGUAGUCCGUUUUUACAGUUACAGUUACAGACGGAAACGAGGCUGGAGUUGACCUGGUUUUGAUACAACUCUUCCUGCUUUAUUAUGUAAAUCAUGUCGUUCUUACGCAUAACUUUCAUAAGUAAAACUAGGGGUACCUUCCGGCAAGUGCCAACGAGGCGAAUUCGUUUAUCUUUUGUGAAAUGUGCCUAUUCAGAUCUUCGCGAUAUACAUUUUUUUUCAUAAUUUUAGAGGUUUACAAUGGAUUCCGCUAUAGAAAAGGAUGGCACCAAACUUCAAAACAACAACUUUGGCACACUCUAGGCUGUCACAAUUUUAUUGAACAAUAACAACAUAGCUUGAAGCUUUGUUGGUAAAUAUGAGCAAGUUAGCACUUGUGUUUCAUGGAAAAUUCCAUUGUAUCAAAACUAUAAACGUUAGAAAAAAAAAUAUAGUUCCAAUGAGGCCUUUGACUGCUGAAGUUAGAAAUAAUAAUUAAAUUCCGAGCAACAGCGUCAUCAGGGAGAAGAAAAAUAUUUCGCGUGGUAAUAUACAUAAGAAAAAGUUGGUGUAAAGUAAAAUAUGUGAAAAGCGCAAGAAUGGGGCGGAAUGUAUCAGAGGUAUAAAAAUAUAAACUUGAAUAAAAUACAAAGAUCUAAUGAGCGAGCGUCACAGGUCAAAGAUUCUCUUAAAGGCAUAAUGAUAGUCUUCAAAACAAAAGGUUCGCAAAUUCGUUGCAUUCCUCGUGGGAGUUUGGGCUGUAUCAUUGUAAAUCAAAAAAACAUGCUGGUUAACAAAAUCUAAAGACAUGAAUAAAUUCUAAAAAAGGUCCGCAAAUACGUUGAGGACUGGCUCAAUUUAAAUCGAUCUGAUUAAGUUUUGAGAAUAUAACCCUAUACCUUGAUCAACUACUGCUUAAAAUUCAAUUCACAAAGCAAAAGACAACACGGAAAACCCUGGUUCUGAGUCGAGAAGCGAACGCGCUACCUCAUUGUAAAUCGAGCUGCAAAGAAUAAGCUGGUUCUGACAAAAAUUUGAGCGUAAAACCCUAUUCCUUGAUCAGCUGCUGCUUUAAACACAAUUUAUAAAGCAAACCAGAGCACUAAUUGCCCUUUCAAACUAGAAAUCGUAUUAGAGCUUGCUCACCUGUUAGGUCCUCUUGAACAGACAACGAACAGCUGCCCACUGAAUCACCCAAUUUCGGACCACGAGUUAUAAUUACAAGACCAUAACGUCACUACGCAAAUAUGGGGUCUUACUUACACCCAAAUAUGGUCAAAAAUGCAAAUUUUAGAGGGUUACGCAGAAUUUGAGAGUUUUUGCCUACAUCGUGCGGGAUUAUAAAUCUGCCGCCGAGGCAACCUCGCUUCUUAGCUCGGUUGCCUCGUUGGCAAUAACAAGGUUUGUAUCAAAGCAAGGUCAACCUCAACCUCACGUUCACUAAAAGGCUGGAAUACUAAGCUCACAAGUGUAAAAUGGUCUAUUAGUUUUAACAUCAUAGAGGUAUUUCAAUACCAUUUUCAAAUGCCAGUAGAAAUGGUCAGUUUUCCAUUAUGUAAACUUGAAAAACACACACAACAAACAAACAAGCUGGAAACAGUUUUUUCAGUAGACUUGCUCAAACUCCCAGUACUCGUUCGUUUCACGAUUGUUUUCCUAAGAACAAUGUAAACAAGAACUCAGCUUUGGUUUAGAGACAACUAUUAAACCUCAAUUUGCUCUCAUGGUAUUCUUAAAUUCUCGUAAUUUUCAAAAGGACAGUAAUAGGACGAUCAUAUUCAUCUUCCUUACGAUAUGACCCCUAGGUCAAACCAAACUGACGUAUUCUGGCUUGACUUUCUUCGUUAACGUAUCACAUUUUAUACUUAGAUUUUCGUAAGUUUUAAGAGUAAACUUGGACGAACGUAUUUUAUAUCAUAUGACCCGUACAGCGGGCCCCAAGCGCAAUUUCGUUGGAAGACCAUAUGAAAAGUCCCGCACGAGGGCCGUACGCGUCAAGCGUUAGGGACGAAGAAAGCGUGUACGGCCCUGCUAGAAAAGCGUACUGAUCGACGCGGGUUCGAACUCCGUCAGAAAAAUUCAAAAACACAACGGUCAUGUGAUAAAAUGCUUAUCGAUUGAGUUAAGUAGGACGGGACAGGAAAAUAUUUGGUUUCCCGUCCGACCCUUCCACUCAGUCAAUAAGUACAUAAUCUUACAUACGAUAUCACUACCGAGUCAAACCAUUCAGUACAGUAUCGUAGUUUCGUGUUUUACUUAUCACUGAUUUGUAACUUGUUUAGGUUCUCUCCCUGAUGGCCGCACUACGAUAAACGAAAUCUACGACCUGGAUGCGAAACUAACGGGUGUGGAAAUGGUUAUUACGGGAGCGGUGGUCUCUGAUUCAGGCACUUACGAGUGUAAAGCCACUAACACACAGGGAACGGUUACCAAGCAAAUUGCGGUUACUGUUCAGGCUGGCGCAACACCCAGCCGUUAAUAAGGUAAU